AUGAGCGCCAUCGGGCAAGACAAGGCGUAUGAUCGCCUUGCCAACCCGUCUCGGGCAAGUAUUAUCUCUUCAAACCGGUACUCCGAACCUGUCGAGCAAUCCUUUGCCCAGGGCAGACUGUGGUUCCUUCACCAGCUGAAGCUCGGUGCGAGCCGGGACAUUACGCCGGCCGCGAUCCGACUCCGGGGCCAUCUCGACAUCGAUGCGCUGAACGCUGCCUCGCGCGCUCUGACGCAGCGCCACGAGACGCUCCGAACGACGUUCAAGGAGCAGGAUGGCGUGGGCGUACAGGUUGUGCACGCCUCGGGUCUCGAAAGAGGGUUGAGGAUUGUUGAUGCCUCGAGCCGCGAUUUGGCCCAACUCCUGGCAAAGGAACAAACCAUGAGGUUCGACCUAGAGUCUGAGCCAGCUUGGAGAGUUGCACUGUUCAAGGUGGCCGAGGAUCACCAUAUUCUUUCCAUUGUUGUACACCAUAUCAUCUCGGACAGCCGGUCUCUCGACAUUAUUCAGCAGGAGCUUGGAGAACUCUACGCGGCCGCCUCGCAGGGGAAAUCGAUCUCGGCCUGUCCCUUGGGUCCAAUUCCCAUUCAAUACCGCGACUUGACGACAUGGCAGAACCAGGACGAGCAAGUCGCUGAGCAGGAAAGGCAGCUCGGAUACUGGAUCGAGCAGCUCGACAACAACACACCGGCCGAACUCCUCAUAGAGCUUCCCCGGCCAGCUAUCCUAUCUGGCAAAACUGGCAAGAUCUCCUUCUCGAUUGAAGGAUCGGUAUACGAAGAACUUGUGGCCUUCUGCCUCUCCCAGCAAGUAACCGCCUACGCCGUGCUGCUGGCAGCGUUUCGCGUAGCGCACUUUCGCCUCACCGGAGCCGAGGAUGCAACCAUCGGUGCGCCCGUUGCCAACCGCGACCGGCCGGAGCUGGAGCACAUGGUUGCUCCCUUGGCCACUCUGCAGUGCAUGCGAGUCGUGCUCGAUGAGGACGACACCUUCGCGUCGGUGCUGCGGCAGAUCAUGUCCGUCAUGACAGAGGCACAUGCCAACCGCGACGUCCCCUUUGAACGCAUCGUGUCUGCGUUGCUGCCUGGGUCGACAGAUACAUCACGACACCCGCUUGUGCAGCUCAUGUUUGCUCUGCAUCCCGCCGAGGAUACGGGCCGAGCCCGGUGGGGGUUGCUCGAGGCUGAGACUCUGCAGAGUGCGGUCCCAACACGAUUCGACAUGGAGAUGCACCUGUUUGAGGGAGAUGGCCGGUUCGAUGCAAACGUGCUGUUCUCCACGGACCUUUUCGACGCAGAAGCCAUCUCCAGCGUGGUUUCCAUCUUCCGGGAAGUCCUGCGCCGUGGCAUCUCGGAGCCUGCGGUGAAUGUGACGACGAUGCCGCUCACCGAUGGGCUUGGCGCGAUCCGGGACAUGGGCUUGCUGGAUAUCGGGACCACCGACUACCCCCGCGAGGCGAGCGUGAUUGAUAUGUUCCAGGAGCAGGUGGCCUUGAAUCCAAGCGCCACAGCCGUGGCCGACGCUUCGUCAAGAUUGAGCUACUCUGAGCUGGAUCACAAGUCAGAUCAGCUGGCCGCGUGGCUGCGCAGGCGGCAGCUCAAGCCGGAGACCUUGAUUGGCGUCUUAUCUCCUCCGUCUUGCGAGACCAUGGUUUCCUUCCUCGGUAUCCUCAAGGCUAAUCUGGCUUAUCUGCCUCUCGAUAUCAACGUCCCCUUGGCACGCAUCGAAUCAAUCCUCUCGGCCGUGGACGGGCACAAGCUCAUCCUGCUUGGGAGCAAUGUGCCCCAACCCAAGGUGGAUGUGCCCGAUGUUGAAAUGCUGCGGAUCAGCGAUGCCCUGAAAGGGUCCCAGAUGAAUGGGCUUGCAGGGAAACAGGCGACUGCAAAACCUUCGGCGACUGACCUGGCCUACGUCAUCUUCACCUCGGGAUCGACUGGCAAGCCAAAGGGCGUCAUGAUCGAGCAUCGGGGUAUCGUACGCCUCGUGAAAGGAACAAACAUUAUUUCGCCCGUCCAGGCAGCAGUGCCGACAGCUCACCUGGCCAACAUCGCUUUCGAUCUCUCAACAUGGGAGAUCUAUACCCCUAUCCUUAAUGGCGGCACUCUUGUCUGUAUCGAACACUCUGUCACGCUGGAUAGCAAGGCACUAGAAUCUGUGUUCACUGAGGAGGGUAUUCGUGUGGCCUUCCUUGCUCCUGCUCUGAUCAAGCAGUGUCUCGCCGACAGACCGGCCAUCUUUGAGGGCCUGGAUAGCCUGUACGCCAUUGGCGAUCGCUUCGACCGACGUGACGCCCUCCAUGCAAAGUCCUUGGUGAAGCAUGGUGUUUAUAAUGCCUACGGCCCAACCGAGAAUUCCGUCGUCAGUACCAUCUACAGCGUCUCCGAGGCUUCACCGUUUGUCACGGGGGUGCCCGUUGGCCGGGCCAUCAGCAACUCGGGCGCCUACGUCAUGGAUCAGGAUCAGCAACUGGUUUCUCCCGGAGUGAUGGGGGAGCUUGUGGUUUCUGGAGACGGUUUAGCUCGAGGAUAUACCGAUUCAGCUCUGGAUAAGGACCGAUUUGUCGUGAUGCAGAUCAACGGCGAGUCCAUCCGGGGCUAUCGUACGGGAGACCGGGCACGAUACAGCCUCAAGGGUGCCCAGAUUGAGUUCUUUGGCCGCAUGGAUCAGCAGGUCAAGAUCCGUGGCCACCGUAUCGAGCCAGCCGAGGUAGAGCACGCUUUACUCAACAACGACCAAGUACGCGAUGCAGCAGUGGUUAUCCGGAGACUGGAGGAUGAAGAGCCUGAGAUGAUUGCCUUCGUUACCACGCAGGGUACGCUCCCUGAUCACCUCCUCAACAUCAACGGCAACGGCCACGGCCACGUUCCCGACGGCAGCAAGAACGACCAAUUCGCCGUUCACGUCGAGAGUGAACUGCGCCGGCGUUUGCAGAUGUUGUUGCCCUCCUACAUGAUACCGGCCCGCAUCGUGGUGCUCGACCAUCUCCCUCUCAACCCCAACGGCAAAGUCGACCGGAAGGCGCUGGGUCAGUCGGCCAAGACUGUGCAGAAGAGCAAGCUGGUCUCACAGCGCGUCGCCCCACGCAAUGAGAUCGAGGCCGUGCUGUGCGAGGAGUUCAGGAGUGUGCUUGGUGUCGAGGUUGGCAUCACCGAUAACUUCUUCGACCUGGGUGGUCACUCCUUGACAGCCAUGAAGCUCGCGGCACGCAUCAGCCAGAGGCUCGACAUUCAAGCAUCCGUAGCAACUGUCUUUGAGCAGCCGAUGCUUGCUGACCUCGCCGCCACGAUCCAUCGCGGCUCGACCGUAUAUAGCAUCAUCCCUACGACAGAAUACACUGGACCGGUGGAGCAGUCAUUUGCCCAAGGCCGUCUAUGGUUCCUUGAGCAGCUGAACACCGGCGCCUCAUGGUAUAAUGUGAUGCUCACCGUACGACUACGAGGCCACCUCGAAGUGAAUGCGCUGGGAACGGCCCUGCUCGCGCUGGAGAAACGGCACGAGACUCUUCGGACAACCUUUGAGGAACGGGACGGGGUUGGCAUGCAGGUCGUCCACGGCAGUCUUAUGGGGGAGCUGCGGAUGAUUGAUGUAUCAGAGAAAUCCGGCACUGCCGCGCAUGAGGCACUGAUGAAGGAGCAGUCAACACGCUUCGACCUGACUCGCGAGCCAGGUUGGAGAGUGGCGCUGCUGAAGUUGGCAGACCACCACAUCUUGUCGAUCGUCAUGCACCACAUUGUAUCGGAUGGAUGGUCUCUCGACCUCCUACGACACGAGUUGGGCCAGUUCUACUCGGCAGCUCUACGCGGCCAGGACCCAUUGUCGCGCGUCGAGCCACUCCCGAUCCAAUACCGCGACUUUGCGGCCUGGCAGAAGCAAGACAGCCAGCAGCAAGCAGCGCACCGGAGGCAAUUGGAGUACUGGACCAAGCAGCUUGCGGACAGCACGCCGGCAGAGCUCCUGACAGACUUCCCGCGGCCUUCGAUUCUAUCCGGAAAGGCUGGAAAGGUCCCCGUUGCCAUCGAGGGGUCUCUAUACGACAUUCUUCAAGGCUUCAGCCGCACCCAUCAAGUCACGUCGUUUGCUGUCCUACUCGCAGCCUUCCGUGCAGCACAUUUCCGGCUUACGGGAUCUGAUAACGCGACUAUUGGUGUCCCCAGCGCGAACCGGAAUCGGCCUGAGCUUGAGAACAUGAUCGGCUUCUUCGUCAACACACAAUGUAUACGUAUCACGAUCGAUGAAAACGACAACUUUGAAUCGUUGGUCCGGCAGGUUCGGUCGACGACUACAGCCGCACAGGACAAUCAGGAUGUCCCGUUCGAACAGGUCGUUUCCAGCCUCAUGCCGAGCAGCUCGAGAGAUGCAUCCCGGAACCCUCUGGUGCAGCUCAUGUUUGCACUGCACGGCCAGCAGGAUCUCUUCAAGAUCCAACUGGAAGGGACCCAAGAGGAGGUGAUCCCAGCAGAAGAAGUGACGAGGUUCGACAUCGAGUUCCAUCUCCACCAAGGCGCCAGCAAGCUGAGCGGUGAUAUCAUAUUCGCUGCCGACCUGUUCGAAGCCGAAACUAUUCGUGGCGUCGUCAGCGUCUUCCAGGAGGUCCUGAGGCGCGGAUUGCAACAGUCACAGACCCCGAUCAUGACAAUGCCACUCACCGACGGCAUUCCCGAGCUGGACAGGAUGGGCUUGCUGCACAUGGUCAAGACCGACUACCCCCGCGACAUGUCUGUGGUGGACGUAUUCCAACAGCAAGUUCGUCUCAGCGCCGAUGCUACAGCUGUUGUCGACUCAUCUUCGCGGAUGAGUUACGCCGAACUAGACCAGAGGUCCGAUCAGGUGGCAGCGUGGCUUCGCCAGCGACAGCUGCCAGCCGAAACCCUUGUGGCAGUGCUCGCACCACGCUCGUGCGAGGCCGUCAUUGCUCUCUUCGGCAUCUUGAAGGCUGGUUAUGCCUACCUACCGCUCGAUGUUAAUGUGCCAGCAGCGCGUCUUCGCGCCAUCUUGGCCGAGGUGAAAGGCGAAAAGCUGGUUCUCCUAGGAGCAGGUGAGCCAACACCGGAAGGCCAGUCGCCAGAGGUCUCGAUCGUGAGGAUUGCCGAUGCUACGAGCCCUGUCGGCCAUGCCAGCUCGCGUGAUGGCAAGCCCAAGCCAACCGCAGGCAGUCUCGCCUAUGUCAUCUUCACUUCCGGAUCCACUGGUCAACCCAAGGGUGUGAUGAUCGAGCACCGCGGAGUAUUGCGCCUUGUGAAGCAGACCAACAUUCUAUCCAGUCUACCGCCGGCGCAGACCUUCCGAAUGGCUCACAUGUCCAACCUUGCAUUUGAUGCAUCGAUAUGGGAGGUCUUCACAGCCCUUCUCAACGGAGGCUCUCUUGUAUGCGUCGACAGGUUUACCAUCUUGGAUGCUCAAGCGUUGGAGGCACUAUUCCUCAGGGAGCACAUCAACAUUGCACUCUUCCCACCCGCCCUGUUGAAGCAAUGCCUCACGGAUGCAGCUGCUACCAUCAAGUCUCUUGACCUCCUAUACGUAGGAGGAGACCGGUUAGACACAGCGGACGCAGCUCUAGCCAAAGCCCUAGUCAAGUCAGAGGUCUACAAUGCCUAUGGCCCAACGGAAAACACGGUCAUGAGCACUUUAUACCCGAUUGCUGACGCAGAACGAUUUGUUAAUGGUGUGCCAAUUGGCAGAGCCGUUAGCAACUCUGGGGUGUACGUGAUGGACCAGAAUCAGGAGCUUGUGCCGUUGGGCGUGAUGGGAGAGCUGGUAGUCACUGGAGAUGGUUUGGCUCGUGGCUACACCAAACCGGCUCUUAAUUCCGACCGGUUCGUUGAUGUCACUGUUCGAGGCCAACUUCUCAGGGCCUAUCGCACAGGUGACCGAGCUCGUUACCGGCCCAAGGAUGGCCAGGUUGAGUUCUUUGGUCGGAUGGAUCACCAGGUCAAGGUCCGAGGGCACCGCAUCGAGCUCGCCGAAGUAGAACACGCCUUGUUAAGCAGUGCCGGUGUGCACGAUGCUGUUGUCGUUUCACACACGCAGGAAGACAACCAGGGAGCCGAGAUGGUGGCCUUCAUCACCGCCCAAGACAACGAGACUCUCCAGGAAGCACAGUCGAGCAACCAAGUCCAGGAAUGGGAGAGCCAUUUCGAGACCACGGCCUACGCGGACAUCACGGCGAUUGAUCAAGACACGCUCGGCCGAGACUUUACAUCCUGGACCUCUAUGUACGAUGGAACGCUCAUUGACAAGAGGGAGAUGCAGGAAUGGCUUGACGAUACUAUGCGCACUUUCCUUGACGGCCAAGCAGCUAGCCACGUGCUUGAAAUCGGUACCGGCACCGGUAUGAUUCUGUUUAAUCUCGGUCAAGCUGGGCUGAAGAGCUACAUUGGACUGGAACCUUCCAAAUCCGCGGUUCAAUUCGUCAACAAGGUGGCCCAAACGUUCCCAGGCCUUGAGGGUAAGGCUCAAGUACAUGUUGGCACGGCGAUGGAUACGGGCCGGCUCAGCGCCUUGAGCCCGGAUCUGAUCAUCAUCAACUCCGUGGCCCAGUAUUUCCCAAGCCGAGAAUACCUCGCCGAGGUGGUUGAGGCCCUGGUCCGGAUUCCGGGUGUUCGCCGUAUCUUCUUCGGAGACAUGAGAACCUAUGCCACCCACAAAGACUUCCUUGUUGCCCGGGCGGUCCACACGCACGGUGGCAAGGUGACGAGAUCUAAAGUGCAGCAGGAGGUGGCCCGGUUGGAAGAACUGGAGGAGGAAUUGCUUGUCGACCCUGCCUUCUUCACGAGACUCAAGGAAUCUCUGCCGGAAGAAAUAGAGCAUGUUGAGAUCCUGCCGAAGAACAUGAAGGUCAACAACGAGCUGAGCUCAUACCGGUACGGCGCGGUUCUGCACAUCCGUAACCACAACCAGAAUCAAAGCAGGUCGAUUUACAAGAUCAAUGCAGAGUCCUGGAUCGACUUCGCCUCAAGCCAGAUGGAUAGACAGGGUCUUGCUCGACUGUUGAAGGAGAACAAAGAUGCCGAAAGCAUCGCUGUGUUCAACAUCCCUUACAGCAAGACUAUCGUGGAACGGCACAUCGCCAAGUCUUUGGCCGAUGACCACGGCGGCGGUGAUGCACACAGCUCAAUCGAUGGAGUCGCCUGGAUCUCAGCCGCGCGCGAGAAGGCGAGCCAGUGUCCAUCCCUUGAUGUGCAUCAACUCGUGCAGUUGGCCGAGGACGCUGGGUUCCGCGUCGAGGUCAGCUGGGCCCGCCAAAGGUCCCAGAACGGCGCUCUCGAUGCUUGCUUCCAUCACUUCCAGCCCACCGAGAACGAAAGCCGCGCGCUCGUCGAUUUCCCCACCGACUACAAGGGCCAACGGGCCAGAAGCCUGACGAACCGGCCCCUGCAGCGGGUUGAGAGCCGUCGGAUCGAAGCACAGGUCCGAGAGCAGCUCCAAGUAUUGCUCCCAGCAUACAUGAUCCCAGCCCGGAUUGUGGUUCUCCAGAACAUGCCGCUGAACACGAACGGCAAGGUAGAUCGCAAAGAGCUCACCCUUCGAGCCAAGGCCACGCCGCAGGCUAAGCCGAGCUCCGAACUCGUGGCUCCUCGGGAUGCUAUUGAAGCCAUCAUCUGCAAGGAAUUCAAGGAUGUUCUCGGCGUCGAAGUGGGUAUCACAGAUAACUUCUUUAAUGUCGGAGGACAUUCUCUUUUGGCCACAAAGCUCGCAGCGCGCCUGAGCCGACAACUCAAUGCCCAGAUCGCAGUCAAAGACAUCUUCGACCGGCCAGUUAUCGCCGAUCUGGCAGCCACAAUCCAGCAGGAUACCACGGAGCACAACCCUAUCCUACCGACCUCUUAUGACGGCCCAGUCCAACAAUCAUUUGCCCAAGGCCGACUCUGGUUCCUCGAUCAACUGAAUGUCGGCGCCACAUGGUAUCUCAUGCCCUUCGCAGUCCGGCUGCGAGGGCCUCUGGUUGUUUCUGCUCUCGCUGCCGCUCUUCUGGCCCUAGAGGAGCGCCACGAGACACUGCGAACGACCUUUAUCGAACAGGAAGGUAUCGGCAUGCAGGUCAUCCAUCCGUUUGCCCCCAAGGAACUGAGGGUGAUCGAUGUCUCGGGCGAGGAAGAUAGCACUAUCCAGAAGAUACUGGAAAAGGAGCAGACGACACCCUUCAAUCUUGCUUCUGAGCCCGGUUUCAGACUAGCAUUACUGAAGACGGGAGAGGACGAGCACAUCCUCUCGACAGUGAUGCACCAUGCAAUCUCUGAUGGCUGGUCUGUCGAUAUCUUCCAGCAAGAAAUCGGCCAGUUCUACUCAGCAAUCCUUCGCGGACACGAUCCUUUGGCCCAGAUCGCACCGCUCUCGAUCCAGUAUCGCGACUUCGCGACUUGGCAGAGGCAGACAUUCCAAGUCGCAGAGCACCGGCGGCAGCUUGCAUACUGGGCUAAGCAGCUCGCCGAUAAUAAACCAGCCGAGCUGCUGACCGAUUUCAAGCGACCGCCUAUGCUCUCCAGCCGCGCGGGCGAGAUCCCGGUGGUCGUCGACGGCUUGAUCUACGAGAAGCUUCAGGACUUCUGUCGAGUCCGUCAGGUGACAGCCUUUACCGUGUUGCUGGCCGCUUUUCGCGCAGCGCACUAUCGUAUGACCGGGACUGAGGAUGCGACGAUUGGCACACCUAUCGCGAACCGUAACCGGCCGGAGCUUGAGGGCUUGAUCGGCUUCUUCGUCAACACACAGUGCAUGCGUAUCACCGUCGAUACAGAGGAUUCGUUCGAAACGUUGGUUCACCAGGUUCGAGAAACGACGCUGGCUGCACAUGCCAACCAGGAUGUUCCUUUCGAACAGAUUGUCUCAAACAUCUUGCCCGGAUCGAGCGAUACUUCUCGGAAUCCGCUAGUACAGCUCAUGUUUGCUCUACAUUCGCAGCAGAAUCUUGGCAAGAUCCGUCUGGAGGGUAUCGAGGAGGAGAUCAUCCCCAUUGCUGAGACCACGAGAUUUGAUAUCGAGUUCCAUCUAUACCAAGAGGCCGAGAGGCUGAAGGGUAGUAUCGUCUAUGCAGCUGAUCUCUUCGUGCCCGAGACUAUACAGAGCGUCAUCAACAUCUUCCAAGGCAUCCUGAAGAAAGGCCUCUGCGAGCCCGAUAUGCCCGUCGCCUCCAUGCAGCUUGAUGGUGGGCUGGAGUCCCUCCGAAGCACAGGACUGCUGCACCCUCAGCAAACUGAUUAUCCGUCCGAUGCUUCAGUGGUGCAGAUCUUCAAACACCAGGUGGCGGUUAACCCUGAUGUCAUCGCGGUGAGAGAUGAAUCAACACGGCUGAGCUAUGCCGACUUGGAUCGGAAGUCGGAUCAGGUGGCCUGCUGGCUAUCUCGGCGAGGUAUCGCUCCUGAGACGUUCGUGGCGAUCCUGGCACCACGCUCGUGCGAGACAGUCGUGGCUAUCCUCGGUGUGUUGAAGGCCAACCUUGCAUAUCUGCCUCUUGAUGUCAAUGUUCCUGCGUCUCGGCUUGAGGCCAUCCUUUCGGAGGUGUCGGGAUCCAUGCUAGUCCUUGUGGGCGCAGAGACCCCGAUUCCAGAGGGGAUGGCUGAAGCGGAGACGAUCCGGAUCACAGAGAUUCUCGCCGACGCAAAGACCGACGACAUCAGCGGGCUGGCCACGACUCAGCCCACCGCAGGAAGCCUUGCGUAUGUGAUCUUUACAUCUGGAUCGACUGGUCGACCAAAGGGUGUCAUGGUCGAGCAUCGUGGAAUCGUACGUCUUACAAAGCAGACCAACAUCACAUCCAAGCUGCCAGAGUCCUUCCACAUGGCCCACAUAUCGAAUCUUGCCUUCGAUGCCUCCGUGUGGGAGGUGUUCACCACGCUUCUCAAUGGAGGCACAUUGGUGUGUAUCGACUAUUUCACUCUCUUGGAGAGCACGGCGCUCGAGAAGGUCUUCUUCGACCAACGCGUCAAUGUUGCUCUGCUGCCUCCAGCCUUGCUGAAACAGUGCCUCGACAACUCACCCGCUCUGAUCAAAGCCCUCAACGUUCUCUAUAUUGGUGGUGAUAGGCUAGAUGCUUCUGAUGCUGCCAAAGCAAGGGGGCUCGUCCAGACGCAAGCUUUCAAUGCCUACGGCCCAACGGAAAACACAGUCAUGAGCACCAUCUAUCCCAUUACCGAAGACCCCUUCGUCAAUGGUGUGCCCAUCGGUCAUGCUGUCAGCAACUCGGGAGCUUUUGUCAUGGACCAGAACCAGCAAAUCGUCCCCCCUGGUGCAAUGGGAGAACUCAUCGUGACUGGAGACGGCCUUGCUCGAGGCUACACCACUUCCUCUCUUAACGCUGGUCGAUUUAUCAACGUUGAUAUCGAUGGCGAACAAGUCAGGGCAUACCGCACAGGAGAUCGAGUGCGCUUCCGACCAAAAGACCUGCAGAUCGAAUUCUUCGGCCGUAUCGAUCACCAGGUCAAGAUCCGCGGCCACCGCAUCGAACCAGCUGAGGUCGAGUUUGCUCUUCUGAGCCACGACCUGGUCACUGAUGCGGCAGUCGUCACCCAAUCUCAAGAAAAUCAAGACCUGGAGAUGGUUGGAUUCGUGGCCGCCCGAGUCGCUGAUGUUGGAGAGGAUGAGUCUAGCAACCAGGUCCAAGAAUGGCAGACUCACUUCGACAGCAUUGCAUACGCAGAUAUCACCGCCAUCGACCAGCAAAGCCUUGGACGGGACUUCAUGUCAUGGACCUCCAUGUAUGAUGGCAGCUUGAUCGAGAAGAGCCAGAUGCAGGAGUGGCUCGAUGAUACGAUGCGGUCACUUCUGGAUUCCCAACCCCCUGGUCACGUACUCGAAGUUGGCACAGGAACUGGCAUGAUUCUGUUCAACCUCGGCAGAGUAGGGGGUCUGCAAAGCUACGUUGGCCUAGAGCCAUCGCCAUCCGCAACCGCGUUUGUCAACAAGGCCGCCAAGUCAUUCCCUGGGCUUGAGGAUAAGGUCCGGGUUGAAGUUGGAACAGCAACUGAUAUCGACCGGCUGGGAGACGAUCUGCACGCAGGCCUCGUCGUCAUCAACUCGGUCGCUCAAUACUUCCCGAGUCAAGAAUAUCUCGCCCAGUUGGUCAGAGAUCUUACCAAGGUCCCUGGCGUGGAGCGUAUCUUCUUUGGUGAUAUGAGGUCGCACGCUAUCAACAGGGAUUUCCUUGUCGCUCGCGCAGUUCAUGCACUGGGCGAUAAGGCAACAAAGGCCGAGAUUCAGCGGGAGGUUGCGCGAAUGGAAGAGUCUGAAGACGAACUGCUCGUUGAUCCGGCCUUUUUCACCUCCCUGGCGACGCAAGUAGAGAAGAUCAAGGAUGUGGAGAUUCUCCCCAAGAGAAUGCGAGCCACGAACGAGCUGAGCUCGUAUCGAUAUGCUGCUGUUCUGCACGUCAAUGAGCUGAAGAAACCGGCACACAGGGUCAGUCCUGGCGCCUGGGUCGACUUUGCCGCGACGAAGAUGGAUCGCGAUGCCCUGAUCCGUCUGCUCAAGGGCACCAAAAGUUCCGACCACAUUGCGAUCGCCAAUAUUCCCAACAGCAAGACAAUCGUCGAGCGGACCAUCUGCGAAUCGGUUUACAACAUUAGCGGAGACGCCAAAGACUCGAACGACAGAGUCUCAUGGCUUUCGGCUGCUCGAUCGGAUGCCGUGAAAGUGGCUUCCCUCUCCGCGAUCGAUCUUGUCGACGUUGCACAAGAGGCAGGCUUCCGGGUCGAGAUCAGCUGCGCGCGGCAGUGGUCUCAAAAUGGCGCGUUGGACGCCGUAUUCCACCACCUUGACUUAUCACCACGGUCGUCUCGUGUGUUGGUCGACUUCUUGACCGACCACCAGGGUCGACCAGAAGAAACCCUGACGAACCACCCGCUGCACCGAGCACAGUCUCGACGCGUCGAGCGGCAGAUCCGAGAGAGACUCCAGACGCUCCUGCCAGCCUACAUGAUCCCGGCCCAGAUCAUGGUUCUUGACAAGCUACCUCUAAGCGCGAAUGGAAAGGUCGACCGGAAGCAGUUGGCCCAACGGGCUCAGACGGUACCCAAGGCGAAGCAAGUGUCUGCUCCUGUAGCCCCGCGCACAGAGAUCGAAAGGGUGCUCUGCCAGGAGUUCUCAGACGUCCUAGGGGUUGAUAUCGGAAUCAUGGAAAACUUUUUCGAUCUCGGUGGCCACUCGCUCAUGGCAACAAAGCUAGCCGCACGCAUUAGCCGCCGACUGGAGACUCACGUCUCCGUCAAGGAGAUCUUUGACCAUCCGCGAGUCUGUGACCUUGUUCUCAUAGUGCAGCAGGGAUCAGCGCCUCAUGAUCCCAUCGUCUCGACCAAAUACACCGGGCCGGUGCCUCAGUCGUUUGCCCAGGGUCGUCUUUGGUUCCUCGACCAGCUCAACUUUGGUGCAACAUGGUAUCUCAUGCCCCUUGCCGUCCGUCUUCGCGGUGCCUUGGACGUUCAUGCUCUUACCGCGGCCUUGCUGGCCCUCGAGAGACGUCACGAGCUCCUCCGCACCACGUUCUACGAACAAAACGGCGUCGGUAUGCAAAAGGUCAAUCCAGUUGUCACCGACACCCUGAGGAUCAUUGAUCUCUCCGACGGCGACGGCGAUUAUCUCCCGACAUUGAAGAAGGAGCAAACUGCUCCGUUCCACCUGGAAACCGAGCCCGGAUGGCGCGUGGCUCUACUGCGCCUCGGGCCAGGCGACUACAUCUUAUCUAUCGUCAUGCAUCACAUCAUUUCCGACGGCUGGUCUGUGGAUGUUCUCUUCCAAGAGCUGGGCCAGUUCUAUUCCGCGGCUGUCAAAGGCCACGAUCCCCUAUCGCAGACCACACCCCUCGCGAUCCAUUAUCGCGAUUUUGCUCUGUGGCAGAAGAAGCCAGCUCAAGAAAACGAACACGAGCGUCAGCUGCAAUACUGGGUCGAGCAACUUGCAGAUAGUGCCCCGGCUGAGCUGCUCGCGGAUCUGCCGCGGCCUUCGAUCCUCUCUGGUCAGGCUGGGGAGAUCUCGGUCACGAUCGAGGGAACACUGUACAAGAACUUGGAGGAAUUCUGCCGGGUCCAUCGCGUCACCUCCUUCGUGGUGCUGCUUGCGGCCCUGCGGGCAGCCCACUAUCGCCUCACAGGUUCCGAAGACGCAACUAUCGGGACACCAAUCGCCAAUCGCAACCGACCUGAGCUUGAGCAGAUAAUCGGCUUCUUCGUCAAUACACAAUGUAUACGCAUUGCCGUCAACGAGAACGAGACCUUUGAGUCACUGGUGCAGCAGGUCCGGUCAACGGCGGCAGCUGCAUUCGCCCAUCAGGACGUCCCGUUCGAGAAGAUCGUCUCUACCCUUUUGCCCGGUUCCCGAGAUGCAUCCCGAAAUCCACUUGUGCAGCUCAUGUUCGCGGUGCAUUCGCAGAAGAACCUCGGUGAGCUGAAGCUGGAAAACGCUCACAGCGAGGUUGUUCCCACGGAGAUCACGACUCGGUUCGAUUUGGAAUUCCACCUGUUCCAGCAAGAUGGCAAGCUUGAGGGCUCCAUCCUCUAUUCAACCGAUCUCUUCGAAGCAGUCUCGGUCCAGAGUCUUCUCUCACUAUUCCAGGAAAUUCUGCGCCGAGGUUUGAACGGUCCGGAUGUGCCUAUCAGUACCCUACCACUUCAGGAUGGAAUCGUCGACCUGCAAAGACAGGGCCUGUUGGAUGUCCAGAAGACAGAAUAUCCUCGCGAUUCCUCUGUGGUUGAUGUGUUCCAUGAGCAGGUCUCGAUCAACCCCGAUUCCAUUGCACUGAUACAUGGCUCGGAGAAGCUCAGCUACGCCCAGCUCGACAGGGAAUCUGACAGGGUCGCCCGCUGGCUCCGUCACCGUUCCUUCAGCCCUGACACGUUGAUUGCGGUGUUGGCGCCACGGUCUUGCGAGACGAUCAUCGCGUUCCUCGGAAUCCUCAAGGCAAACCUUGCGUACCUACCUCUGGAUGUCAAGGCUCCUGCUGCCCGCAUCGAUGCCAUUGUAUCGUCGCUACCCGGGAACAAGCUCAUUCUGCUGGGCGCAAACGUUACGCCGCCCAAGCUUCAGGAAGCGGGCAUCGAUUUCGUGCCCAUCUGUGAUACCUUGACUACACUCACCGACGACACACUUCAAGAUGGGCCUACCGUCGAGCGACCCUCUGCGCAAAGCCUUGCGUACGCCAUGUUCACGUCUGGUUCUACCGGACGACCGAAGGGUGUUAUGGUCCAGCACCGCAACAUUGUCCGGUUGGUGAAGAACAGUAACGUCGUUGCCAAGCAGCCCGCAGCAGCUCGCAUAGCACACAUCUCCAAUUUGGCGUUUGACGCCUCGUCUUGGGAGAUCUAUGCCCCGCUGCUCAAUGGCGGCGCAAUUGUGUGUAUCGACUACUUCACAACGAUUGAUCCACAGGCUCUUCAAGAAGCCUUCCAGGAACACGAGAUCCGCGGUGCCAUGCUGCCGCCCUCGCUCCUUAAGCAGUGCCUGCUUCAAGCCCCAGACAUGAUCAGCAGGCUCGACAUCUUAUUUGCUGCUGGUGAUCGCUUCAAUAGCGUGGAUGCUCUCCAGGCCCAACGUCUCGUUGGCUCGGGCGUCUUCAAUGCGUAUGGUCCUACGGAGAAUACGAUUCUGAGCACUAUCUACAACGUUGCUGAAAACGACACCUUCGUUAACGGCGUUCCCAUAGGCAGUGCUGUGAGCAACUCCGGAGCCUACAUCAUGGACAAAAACCAGCAGCUCGUGCCAGCUGGAGUCAUGGGAGAACUGGUUGUUACUGGUGACGGUCUCGCCCGCGGCUAUAUGGAUCCAAAGCUAGAUGCAGACCGCUUCAUCCAACUGACAGUCAACGGCAGCGAGCAAGUCAGGAUCGAGUUCUUCGGUCGUAUGGACCAGCAAAUCAAGAUCCGCGGCCACCGUAUCGAGCCGGCCGAGGUGGAGCAGGCCUUCCUGCAUGAUAGCUUCGUCGAGGACGUUGCCAUCGUUAUUCGGACCCCAGAGAACCAAGAGCCUGAGAUGGUCGCCUUUGUCACUGCCAAGGGCGAGAACUCGGCGAGAGAAGAAGAGGCUGCAACCCAGAUCGAAGGUUGGGAGGCGCAUUUCGAGGGUGGUGCGUACGCCGACAUCGAGGAGAUCGAAAGCGAGGCACUUGGCUACGACUUUAUGGGCUGGACGUCUAUGUACGAUGGCACUGAGAUCGACAAGGACGAGAUGAGAGAGUGGCUGCAUGACACGAUGCGCUCUCUCCUCGAUGGAAAGCCGGCUGGUCGCGUUCUUGAGGUUGGUACCGGUACCGGUAUGAUUAUGUUCAACCUUGGCAGGUCACAGGGGCUCGAAAGGUACAUUGGCCUCGAGCCUGCACCGUCGGCCGCCGAGUUCGUCAACAACGUUGCAAAGUCAUUCCCGGGUCUCGCGGGCAGGGCCGAAGUCCACGUCGGCACCGCCGCAGAUGUCGGUACUCUGCAAGGCCUGACCUCAGAUAUGGCCAUCAUCAACUCGGUGGCGCAGUACUUCCCAACGCCAGAAUACCUAGCCGAGACGAUCAAAUCACUUGUCCAAGUCCCGGGCAUGAAGCGCAUAUACCUUGGCGAUAUGCGGUCCUGGGCCAUGAACAGGGACUUCGCUGCCGCUCGCGCCGCCUAUUCACUAGCCGACAAUGUCAGUAAAGACCGCGUGAGACAGAAGAUGAUGGAGUUGGAGGAGAAAGAGGAAGAAUUACUCGUUGACCCGGCCUUCUUCACUGCCUUGGCGAGCCAGCUGCAAGACAGGAUCCAACACGUCGAGAUCCUACCCAAACGAAUGAAGGCUACAAACGAGCUGAGCUCGUACCGAUAUGCCGCCGUGCUGCACAUCGCCGACGAGCCCCUUCCUAUCUACAAGAUUGAUCCCGAAGCUUGGAUCAACUUUGAGGCGUCUCAACUGACCCGAGAGGCGCUUGCGCAACUACUCAAGGAGAAUCAGAAUGCUGAGAGUGUGGCGAUCAGCAACAUUUCUUACAGCAAGACCGUUGUGGAACGUCACAUUGUGCGGUCGCUUGACCAGGAAGACGCCAAUGCCCCCGAGGAAUCGAUGGAUGGCACCGGCUGGAUCUCGGCCGUGCGCACAAGAGCUCAGCAGUGCCACACCCUCUCCGCAAGUGACCUGUUCGAUAUUGCACAAGAUGCUGGGUUCCGUGUUGAGGUCAGCUGGGCCCGUCAACAUUCGCAGCACGGUGCCCUGGAUGCGGUGUUCCACCACCUGAAGCCCGCUACGGAGGACAGUCGCGUUUUGAUCAAGUUCCCUACAGAUCACCAAGGCCGGCCGCUCAAGAGCUUGACGAAUCAACCGCUCCAGCGGGCCCAGAGUCGCCGAGCCGAGCUCUUGAUCCGCGAGGCGCUGCAAACCCUGCUGCCCCCCUACAUGAUCCCCUCGCAAAUCACGCUUCUCGACCGGAUGCCACUCAAUGCCAACGGCAAAGUCGACCGGAGAGAACUCGCCCGUCGGGCCAAAAUCACACAGAAGAUCAAACCGGUUGAGGACAUCGUUCCUCCUCGGAACAGCGUCGAGGCUACGGUCUGCAAGGGCUUCACUGACGUGCUGGGCGUUGAAGUUGGGAUAACAGACAAUUUCUUCAAUCUAGGCGGCCAUUCACUGAUGGCAACGAAGUUGGCGGCGCGUCUAGGCCGUCAACUCAAUACACGUAUCUCGGUGAGAGACGUCUUCGAUCAACCAGUCGUUGCUGAUCUCGCCGCUGUGAUCCAACGCAACUCGGCACCUCACGAGCCGAUCAAGCCAGCAGACUACACAGGGCCCGUUCCCCAGUCAUUCGCACAGGGACGUCUUUGGUUCCUCGAUCAACUCAACGUCGGGGCGACGUGGUAUCUUAUGCCCCUUGGUAUCCGCCUUCACGGAUCUCUCCAGGUUGAUGCCCUCGCUACCGCGAUAUCAGCCCUGGAGCAACGUCACGAGCCUCUCCGUACGACAUUCCACGAGGAAGAUGGCCUCGGCGUUCAGGUCGUGCGAGAUCACCGGCCCAAGGAUCUGAGAAUCAUCGACCUGUCCACCCAGCCAAAGGACGCCUAUCUUGCCGUGUUGAAGCAUGAGCAGACCAUGCUCUUCGACCUCGCAACCGAGCCUGGCUGGCGCGUCGCUCUGAUCAGGCUUGGGGAAGAAGAGCAUAUACUUUCCAUUGUUAUGCACCAUAUCAUAUCCGACGGCUGGUCAGUAGAGGUUCUGUUUGAUGAGUUGCGCCGGUUCUACUCGAGUGCUCUUAGGCAGCAGGAUCCUCUGGAGCAAAUCUUGCCUCUACCGAUCCAGUACCGCGACUUUGCAGCAUGGCAAAAGACUGAAGAGCAGGUUGCCGAGCAUCAGCGGCAGUUGGACUACUGGAUGGAGCACCUUGCUGACAGCACCCCUGCGGAGCUGUUAACUGACCACCCUCGACCUUCUAUCUUGUCCGGCCGUGCCAAUGAGCUACCCCUUACCAUCGAAGGGCGUCUUCAUGACAAGUUGCGCGCUUUCUGCCGAGUUCACCAAGCCACGCCGUUCGUCAUUCUCCUUGCGGCCCUGAGGGCAACACAUUACCGUCUUACAGGGGCUGAAGAUGCCACGCUUGGAACGCCAAUUGCUAACCGUAACCGACCGGAACUCGAGAGUAUGAUCGGCUUCUUUGUUAAUACGCAGUGUAUGCGUAUUGCUAUUGAGGAGACUGAUAACUUUGAGUCCCUUGUCCGCCGAGUACGAUCGACUGCAACAUCCGCUUUCGCGAACCAAGACGUUCCAUUUGAAUCCAUUGUCUCGUCUCUUCUGCCUGGAUCCAGGGACGCCUCGCGCAAUCCAUUGGUGCAGGUCAUUCUGGCUGUUCACUCUCAGCAGGAUCUGGGUAAACUCACCUUGGAAGGCCUCAGAGAUGAAGCUGUGGACUCGGCUAUUUCAACCCGCUUCGAUGUGGAGUUCCAUCUUUUUGAGCACGCAGACAGGCUCAGCGGUAGCGUGCUUUACGCAAGGGAACUGUUCGAGCUGCGCACGAUCGAAUCAGUCGUCUCCGUUUUCCUGGAGACUCUGCGGCGGGCUCUCGACCAGCCACUGACUCCCAUCGCUGUCUUGCCGCUGACUGAUGGAGUCGGGGAGAUCGCAAGCCAAGGACUCCUUGAUGUGCCCAGGACAGACUAUCCACGAGAUGCAAAUAUCGUCGAGGUCUUCCAGCAGCACGUUCGCGCUACCCCAGACGCCAUCGCCGUCAAGGACGCUACUUCCACACUGACGUAUGCUCAGCUAGAUCAGAAGUCUGAUCGACUCGCUGUCUGGUUGAGUCGCCGACACCUCGUGCCCGAAACGCUGGUGGGUGUCCUUGCGCCGCGGUCAUGCGAGACCAUAAUCGCAAUGUUUGGCAUUAUGAAGGCCAACCUCGCCUAUUUGCCUUUGGAUAUCAACUCGCCUGCCGCUCGACUCCGCAGCAUUCUCUCAGCCGUAGAUGGGAACAAGCUUGUUUUACUCGGCAGUGGUGUCACAGCCCCCGAGCAAGAGAACCCCGAGGUGGAAGCUGUCGGUAUUCAAGACAUCUUGGCCGGCACUGGACUGGACAAGACACAAGGCAGCAACGCCCGACCCUCGGCAACGAGCCUUGCCUAUGUUAUCUUCACCUCUGGUUCAACCGGCAAGCCCAAGGGCGUCAUGGUCGAACAUCGUAGCGUUACAAGAUUGGCAAAGCCCAGCAACGUCAUCACCAAGCUACCACGAGGAGCCAGGGUGGCGCACCUCGCCAACAUUGCCUUCGAUGCCUCGAUCUGGGAAAUUGCCACAACUCUUCUGAAUGGAGCCACGCUUGUUUGUCUCGACUAUCACACAGUUCUCGACUGCAGGACUCUGAAAAAAGUCUUCGAAAGGGAAAGCAUCACCGUUGUCACACUGAUGCCUGCGCUCCUCAAGCAGUGCGUGGCCGAAAUACCCGAGACCCUCGCAAACCUCGACCUCCUGUACACCGGUGGAGAUCGAGUGCGUGGUCACGAUGCUAUGCGGGCUCGCUCGCUGGUCAAGAUCGGCAUGCUCAGCGGUUACGGCCCUACAGAGAACACCGUCAUCAGCACCAUCUACGAAGUUGAAGCAAACGAGAUGUUUGUGAAUGGUGUGCCCAUCGGCAAGACUGUAAGCAACUCCGGGGCAUAUGUUAUGGACAGGAAUCAGCAGCUGGUGCCUAGUGGCGUGAUUGGUGAGCUUGUGGUCACUGGCGAUGGCCUUGCUCGCGGAUACACUGAUCCAUCCCUGAACAAGAACCGCUUCAUUCACAUCACUGUCAAUGGAGAGAGUGUCAGGGCAUAUCGGACUGGCGAUCGGGUGAGGUACCGGCCUAAGGAUCUGCAACUUGAAUUCUUUGGCCGCAUGGACCAGCAGGUCAAGAUCCGUGGCCAUCGAAUCGAGCCGGGCGAGGUGGAGAGCGUAUUGCUCAGUCACAGCUCGGUACAAGACGCCGCGGUCGUCGUUUGCUCGUCAGCAGAUCAAGACUCGGGUGCGGAAAUGGUCGCAUUCGUUGCCGCCCGGAAUACCGAAGACGAAGACGUCCAGGAGGAAGAAGCAGUCGAUCAGGUUCAAGGGUGGGAGACGCACUUCGAAACGGCCGCAUAUUCAGAAGUCAAGGACAUUCGACAGUCAGAAAUCGGCAACGACUUCAUGGGCUGGACUUCUAUGUAUGACGGCAGCGAGAUCGACAAGACAGACAUGCACGAGUGGCUCAAUGACACUAUGCGUAUGAUACUCGACGCCAGAGAGCCGGGCCAUGUACUGGAGAUCGGUACCGGCACCGGCAUGAUCAUGUUCAACCUUGCCAAGUGUCCUGGCCUGCAGGGCUACGUCGGUUUUGAGCCUUCAAAGUCGGCGGCCCAAUUCGUCAAUGAUGCAGCCCAAUCAUUCCCGGCUCUGAAGGAUGGCCGGUCAAUAGUCCAUGUGGGCACGGCAACAGAUAUCAACAAGGCCGGGCCGAUUCAACCACGCCUCGUCGUUAUCAACUCGGUAGCGCAGUAUUUCCCCACGCCAGAGUACCUCUUCAGUGUCGUGGAGGCCCUUGUACAGAUCCCAAGCGUGGAACGCAUCGUUUUUGGUGACAUGAGAACCAACGCCAUCAACAGAGACUUCGUCGCAAGCCGAGCAUUGCACACCCUAGGCGAGAAAGCAAACAAGCGCCUGGUCCGUCAGAUGAUCUAUGAGCUCGAAGUCAACGAAGAGGAACUUCUGACGGACCCUGCAUUCUUUACAUCCUUGCGUACGCGCUUGGGCGAGAAGAUCAAGCACGUCGAAAUUCUCCCCAAGACCAUGAAGGCUAUCAACGAGCUCAGCAAGUACCGAUAUGCCGCAGUACUACAUGUGCGUGGCUCGAGAGAGCAAUCAACUAUACACCAAGUCUCUCCCAACGCCUGGAUAGACUUUGCGGCAGACGGUCUCGAUCGGCAGGCCCUCAUCAACUUGUUGAAGGAGCGCAAGGAUACCGGGACCGUCGCUAUCGGUAAUAUCCCGUACAGCAAGACCAUUGUUGAGCGGUUCGUCAACAAGUCACUGAGCGAGGAUGAUAUGGAGGAAGGCCAGAACUCACUGGAUGGAUCAGCUUGGGUUGCAGCCGUCCGGAUGGCCGCUCAGAGCUGCCCAUCACUCGAUGCAAUGGAUGUCAAGGACAUUGCUCAAGAGGCGGGAUAUCAGGUCGAAGUCAGUUGGGCGCGUCAAUGGUCCCAGAAUGGCGCGCUCGACGCCAUCUUCCAUCACUUCGAACCGCCCAAGGAUGGUGCCCGCACACUUAUUGAGUUCCCGACGGAUUACGAAGGCCGGAAUGUGAACACCUUGACAAACCGUCCCCUGAACCGAAUUCAAAGCCGCCGUCUUGGGACGCAGAUCCGCGAGAAGCUGCAGACCCUCCUGCCGCCUUACAUGAUCCCAUCGCGCAUCAUGGUCCUUGAUCAGAUGCCUGUCAACAACAACGGCAAGAUUGACCGCAAGGAGCUUGUGCGGAGAGCUGUCGUGGCCCCGAAGCCAAGGUCAGCGGCUACUCGGGUAGCCCCCCGCAAUGAGAUCGAGACUAUUCUGAGAGACGAAUUCGAGGACGUGCUCGGAACAGAAGUCAGCGUGCUGGAUAACUUCUUUGAUCUCGGUGGACACUCACUUAUGGCCACGAAGCUCGCCGCCCGCGUUAGCCGCCGCCUUGAUGCCCAUAUUUCCAUCAAAGAUGUCUUUGAUCAGCCGGUGCUGGCGGAUCUUGCGGCGUCCAUUCAGAGAGAAUCGGCUCCUCAUGACCCGAUUCCGCAGAGGCCUUACACUGGGCCGGCUGAACAGUCAUUUGCCCAAGGUCGCCUAUGGUUCCUUGACCAGCUCAACCUUGGCGCGACCUGGUACCUGAUGCCUUUAGCCAUCCGUAUCCGUGGCCAGUUGAGAGUAGCUGCGUUGUCUGCUGCGCUCUUCGCCCUGGAGAGACGACAUGAGACCUUGAGAACCACCUUUGAAGAAAGCGAUGGCGUUGGCGUGCAAAUUGUCCGAGAGCCUCGCAACUCAGACCUUCGGGUUCAUGACGUUUCUACCGGAGACAACGGGGAGUACCUUGAGAUGCUCAGGAGGGAACAGGCUGUGCCCUUCGACCUCUCGUCAGAGCCUGGCUGGAGGGUUUGCCUGAUCAAGACGGGCGAAGAGGAUCAUGUGCUAUCCAUCGUCAUGCACCAUAUUAUUUACGAUGGCUGGUCCGUGGACAUUCUCCGCGGAGAGUUGGGUCAAUUCUAUUCCGCUGCCCUACGCGGCCAGGACCCCUUACUGCACGCCAACCCCCUCCCUAUUCAAUACCGGGAUUUCGCGGCAUGGCAAAAGGAGGCAAAACAGGUCGAAGAGCAUCAGCGUCAACUUGAGUACUGGUCGAAACAGCUCGUUGACAGCACUCCAGCUGAGCUCUUGACGGAUCUGCCUCGCCCGUCUAUCUUGUCCGGUCGUGCCGGGUCGGUGGAUGUCACCAUCGAAGGCUCUGUUUAUGGCGCCCUUCAGUCAUUCUGCCGAACGCGUUCGGUAACCACAUUCGUUGUGCUUCUGACCGUGUUCCGGAUCGCGCAUUUCCGUCUCACCGCUGUCGACGACGCGACUGUCGGCACGCCCAUUGCAAACCGUAACCGUCCUGAGCUUGAGACGUUGGUUGGCUGCUUCGUAAACACGCAGUGCAUGCGCAUCAGCAUAGCCGACGACGACAACUUUGAAGGUCUUGUGAGACAGGUGCGUAAUGUUGCAACGGCAGCUUACGCGAACCAAGAUGUUCCUUUCGAACGGAUCGUGUCCGCCCUGGUUCCAGGGUCGAGAAACACAUCGCGCAACCCCCUGGUUCAGCUCAUGUUUGCUGUCCAGUCCGUGGAAGAUUAUGACCAGGUUCGACUCGAGGGCCUGGAGAGCGUCAUGAUGCCUGGAGAAGCCUCCACACGCUUUGAUAUGGAAUUCCACCUUGUCCCUGGCGACCAGAAGCUUACCGGCAGCGUUCUUUACUCGUCAGACCUUUUUGAGCAAAGGACCAUUCAGAACUUCGUCGACAUCUUCCAAGAAUGUCUUCGCUCCGUCCUGGACCAGCCAUUGACCCCGAUCUCGGUUCUUCCCUUCAGCAACGCCAUUUCAAAUCUCGAGAGCUUGGAUCUCCUGGAGAUGCCGACCACAGACUACCCCCGGGAUCGCACAGUCGUCGAUCUCUUCCGAGAGCAAGCGGCAAUCUGCCCCGACAGCAUCGCCGUCAAAGACUCAUCGUCGCAACUGACAUAUGCUCAACUGGAUGAGCAAUCUGACCGUGUUGCCGCCUGGCUGCACGAGCGCCACAUGCCGGCCGAGUCUUUGGUCGGUGUACUGUCGCCACGGUCGUGCGAGACCAUCAUCGCGUACUUUGGCAUCAUGAAGGCAAACCUGGCUUACCUGCCGUUGGAUGUUUAUGCGCCAGAUGCCCGCUUGGCGGCUAUCCUGGAUACAGUCGAAGGCGAAAGACUGCUUCUGUUGGGCGCAGGUAUCCCUCAGCCCGGCAUCCAGAUCCCUCGCCUGUCAACAGCAUACAUCGCGGAGGCACUGAACCAUGCCACGACCGUCGAUGUUACUUCCAUCCCACAGCCCUCAGCCACCAGCCUUGCGUACGUCAUUUUCACUUCGGGAUCUACUGGCAAGCCCAAGGGUGUCAUGAUCGAGCAUCGCGGCAUCGUGCGCCUGGUCAGAGACACCAACGUCAACGUGUUCCCGGAAUCGGGAUCAGCUUUGCCCGUCUCUCACUUCUCCAACCUCGCCUGGGAUGCGGCGACUUGGGAGAUCUACACUGCCGUGCUCAAUGGAGGGACCGUUGUGUGCAUUGACCGAGACACCAUGCUGGACAUAACCGCGUUGAACUCGACAUUCCGGAAGGAGAACGUUCGGGCUGCCUUCUUCACCCCUGCCUUCCUGAAGCAAUGCCUCGCCGAGACGCCAGAGCUGGUCGCCAACCUAGAGAUCCUUCACACGGCAGGUGAUCGUCUCGAUCCUGCAGAUGCCAACCUGGCUGGAAAGACAGCCAAGGGUGGUAUCUUCAACGUCCUCGGUCACACAGAGAACACUGCCUACAGUACCUUCUACCCUGUGGUUGGUGAGGAGACGUUCGUCAAUGGUGUCCCCGUCGGUCGCGGCAUCAGCAACUCCCAUGCAUACAUCAUCGACCGACACCAGAAGCUCGUACCCGCAGGUGUCAUGGGAGAGCUUGUUCUCACUGGCGACGGUGUCGGGCGAGGCUACACCGACUCUGCGCUGAACAAGGAUCGAUUCGUUCACAUCAAUAUCAACGGCAAAAGCACAUGGUCGUACCGCACAGGCGACAAGGCACGUUAUCGACCAAGGGACGGCCAGCUGGAAUUCUUUGGCCGCAUGGACCAAAUGGUCAAGAUCCGCGGUGUUCGAAUCGAACCCGGUGAAGUUGAGCUCACCCUGCUCGACCACAAGUCCGUGCUGGCCGCGACUGUGGUGGUCAGAAGACCACCCAACGGCGACCCAGAGAUGAUCGCCUUCAUCACCAUCGACGCCGAAGACGACAUGCAGACCCGCAAGGCCAUCUACAAGCACCUCCAGGGUAUCUUGCCCGCGUACAUGAUUCCCUCACACCUUGUCAUCCUUGACCAGAUGCCGGUCACCGACAACGGCAAGGUCGAUCGCAAGGAUCUCGCACUCAGAGCACAGACAGUACAGAAGACCAGAUCUACCGCUGCAAGGGUACCACCUCGUGACGAGGUAGAGGCUGUCCUUUGCGAAGAGUACAGCAACUUGCUUGAGGUUGAGGUUGGCAUUACUGACGGAUUCUUCGACCUGGGUGGACAUUCGCUCCUCGCCACCAAGCUUGCGGCCCGCCUGAGCCGACAACUCAAUACUCGCGUGUCUGUCAAGGAUGUCUUUGACCAGCCAAUACUCGCUGAUCUCGCUGACAUCAUCCGCUGCGGUUCCCAACGCCACGAUCCGAUUCCUGCCACUCAAUACACGGGCCCUGUCGAACAGUCGUUCGCUCAGGGCCGCCUGUGGUUCUUGGAACAACUGAACCUAGGUGCUAGCUGGUACUUGAUGCCCUUCGCGAUCCGGAUGAGUGGGCCCCUCCAGACAAAGGCGCUGGCUAUCGCACUGAACGCCUUGGUGCACCGGCACGAGGCGUUGCGGACGACGUUUGAGGACCACGACGGGAUUGGUGUUCAGGUCAUUCAACCAAAGUCAAGCCAAGACCUGCGGAUCAUCGAUCUUUCAGACGCUGUAGAUGACACUGCCUAUCUCGCCGCGCUCGAGGUGGAACAGACAACAGCCUUCGACCUGACCUCUGAACCAGGGUGGAGAGUGUCACUCUUGCGCCUAGGUGGCGAUGAUUACAUCCUUUCCAUCGUCAUGCACCACAUCAUCUCUGAUGGCUGGACUGUUGAUGUGCUACGACAAGAACUCAGCCAGUUCUAUUCAGCUGCGAUCAGGGGCCAGGAACCUUUAUCGCAGGCUAAGCCCCUUCCUAUUCAAUACCGCGACUUUGCUGUUUGGCAGAGGCAGGAGAAACAGAUCAAGGAGCAAGCGAAGCAGCUCGAGUAUUGGUCACAGCAGCUCGCAGAUAGCACUCCCUGCGCGUUCCUGACAGACCUUCCUCGGCCCUCUAUCCUGUCUGGUGAAGCUGACGCUGUUCCUAUCGUGAUCGAUGGCGCGGUGUAUCAGCUCCUUACUGAUUUCUGCCGGACGCACCAAGUCACAUCGUUCUCAGUCCUGCUCGCAGCCUUCCGCACUGCCCACUACCGCCUUACCGGGACACUCGAUGCGACGGUUGGCACACCAAUAGCUAACCGGAACCGGCCAGAGUUGGAAAGUCUGAUCGGUUUCUUCGUCAACACGCAGUUCCGGCAAGUCCGCUUGACUACGACAGAAGCCUUUGCGAACCAAGAUGUGCCGUUUGAGCAGAUUGUGUCAACCCUUCUUCCUGGAUCACGAGACACGUCAAGGAACCCGCUUGUGCAGGUCAUGUUUGCCCUGCAAUCACAGCAAGACCUCGGAAGAAUCCAGCUGGAAGGUAUGACUGACGAAGCCAUGGAAACCCCGCUGUCAACGAGGCUCGACCUUGAGGUUCACCUCUUCCAGGAGGCUGGAAAGCUGAGCGGCAGCCUCUUGUACUCGACAGACCUCUUCGAGGUCGAGACGAUUCGUGGAAUCGUUGAUGUGUUCCUGGAGAUCCUACGCCGCGGCCUUGAGCAACCCAACCAGCGACUUAUGGCCAUGCCAAUUACCGAUGGCAUCACAAAGCUACGAGACCAUGGUCUCCUAACAGUGGCAAAACCAGCCUACGCUCGCGACUCGAGUGUCAUAGAUCUGUUCAGACAGCAGGUUGCCGCCGCACCGGAUGCCAUCGCUGUGUGGGAUUCCUCCUCGACAUUGACCUAUGCCGACCUCGAUGCGCAAUCGAACAAGCUUGCCCACUGGCUGUGCCAGCGCAACAUGGCCCCUGAGACCUUGGUACCUGUAUUCGCGCCACGCUCAUGCCUCACUAUCGUCGCAUUCCUCGGUGUUUUGAAGGCUAAUCUGGCCUAUCUACCCUUGGAUGUCAAUGCGCCUGCUGCUCGUAUCGAGGCUAUCCUGUCAGCAGUACCAGGCCACAAGCUGGUCCUGGUGCGGGCUGAUGGACCCGAGCUUGGCCUGACGAUGGCUGAUACUGAACUGGUGUCGAUCGACGAGGCACUUGCAUCUAGUUCAUCCGGUAACCAUGAGCAGAUCUCUGCGUCCGGCCCUUCUGCCACAAGUCUCGCCUACGUGAUGUUCACGUCAGGGUCUACUGGGAAACCAAAGGGUGUCAUGAUCGACCACCGCUGCAUCAUUCGACUUGUCACGAACAGCGAUGUUGUUGCCACUCUGCCUACGCCAGUCCGGAUGGCGAACGUAUCAAACCUUGCCUUCGACAUCUCGGUACAAGAAAUCUACACGGCGCUCCUAAACGGCGGCACCCUGGUCUGCUUGGACUAUCUGACGCUGUUGGACAGCAAAAAGCUUUACAACGUUUUUGUGGAAGCACAGGUCAACGCCGCCAUGUUCUCGCCGGUUCUCCUCAAGCAAUGUCUUGGAAACAUGCCCGCCAUCAUCAGCCGCCUAAAUGUUCUCUUUAACGUUGGUGAUAGGCUGGAUGCCCACGAUGCUGUGGCUGCAUCGGGCCUGAUCCAAGACGCCGUAUACAACGCCUACGGUCCCACGGAGAACGGCAUGCAGAGCACGAUGUACAAGGUUGACGUCAAUGAGCAUUUUGUCAACGGCGUCCCGAUCGGUCGAUCCGUCACCAACUCUGGGGCUUACGUCAUGGACGGCAAUCAACAGCUCGUAUCUCCCGGUGUGAUGGGAGAAAUUGUCGUUACCGGUGAUGGUCUUGCCCGUGGCUAUACAGACUCAGCCCUAGACAAGGACCGGUUUGUUCGCGUCACGAUCGAUGGUGAGGAAAACAUCAAGGCAUACCGAACCGGUGAUCGAGUGCGCUACCGGCCCAAGGACUUUGAGAUCGAGUUCUUCGGCCGCAUGGAUCAACAGGUGAAGAUUCGUGGUCACCGCAUUGAGCCAGCAGAAGUGGAACAUGCACUGCUCGGCCACGACUUGGUUCAUGAUGCAGCUGUCGUGCUUCGAAAGCCAGAAAAUCAAGAACCCGAGAUGAUUGCUUUCAUCACCAGCCAGGAAGACGAGACCAUGGAGCAACAUGAGUCAAACAAGCAGGUCCAAGGCUGGGGAGAGCAUUUCGACGGAAGCAGGUAUGCUGAUAUCAAGGAUCUCGACACUUCCACCUUUGGUCACGACUUUUUGGGAUGGACAUCCAUGUAUGACGGAGUCGACAUUCCCGUCAACGAGAUGAAAGAGUGGCUUGAUGAAACCACGGCCUCUCUCCUAGAUAACCGCCCACCUGGUCAUAUCCUCGAGAUCGGAGCCGGAACUGGCAUGAUUCUAUCUAACCUGGGCAAAGUCGACGGCCUGCAGAAGUACGUCGGUCUUGAUCCGGCUCCCUCAGCCGCAAUUUUUGUCAACGAAGCCGUCAAGUCUCUGCCAAGUCUAGCCGGCAAGGCCCGGGUACUUGUUGGAACUGCCCUGGAUAUCAGCUCUCUGGACAAGAAUGAGAUCCAACCUGAGCUUGUGGUUAUCAACUCGGUGGCCCAGUACUUCCCCACAUCAGAGUACUUGAUCAAAGUGGUCAAGGCUGUUGUGGAAGUGCCCAGCGUCAAGCGUGUUUUCUUUGGCGACAUCAGAUCCCAGGCCCUCAACAGGGACUUCCUUGCUGCUCGCGCCGUUCGUGCGUUGGGUGACAAUGCCAGCAAAGAGCAGAUCCGAGAAAAGAUUGCAGAGCUCGAAGAGAGCGAAGAAGAACUUCUCGUGGACCCAGCCUUCUUCGUGAGCUUGGGAAGCCAGCUGCCCAACAUCAAGCACGUCGAGAUCCUGCCCAAGCUGAUGAAGGCCACCAACGAGCUGAGCUCGUACAGAUACGCUGCCGUUCUACACAUCAGCCACGAUGAAGAGGAGCAGCUGCUCAUACGGGACAUCGAUUCCACAGCAUGGGUUGACUUUGCAGCAACGCAAAAGGACUCUCAAGGUCUGAGAAACCUUCUACAACAAAGACGAGAAGCUGUGAUGAUCGCGGUCGGGAACAUCCCGUACAGCAAGACCAUAGUGGAGCGCCACAUUAUGAACUCUCUUGACCAAGAUCACGUCAGCUCGCUCGACGGGACAUCCUGGAUCUCAGAUGCUCGAUCAGCCGCUGCAAUCUGCCCUUCAUUCGACGCACUCACCCUCACGCAGUUGGCCAAGGAGGAGGGAUUCCGGGUAGAGCUGAGCUGGGCGCGACAGGCAUCCCAAAACGGCGCCCUCGAUGCCGUUUUCCACCAUCUUGCAGCAACCGAUGCAAAUUGCGAGCGCAGUCGUGUCCUGGUACACUUCCCUACCGACCAUCAAGGUCGACAACUUCGAACCCUGACGAACCGGCCACUCCAGCGAGCUCAGAGCCGCCGUAUCGAGUCACAGGUCUUCGAGGCACUGCAGACAGCACUGCCGGCUUACAUGGUCCCAUCGCGCAUCAUCGUGCUCCCGCAGAUGCCGACCAACGCCAACGGCAAAGUGGACAGGAAACAGCUCGCUCGCCGUGCGCAGGUUGUGGCCAAGAGGAAGGCAGUAUCAGCGCGCGUUGCGCCUCGUAAUGACACCGAGAUGGUUCUUUGCGAGGAGUACGCAGAUAUCCUAGGAACUGAAGUUGGCAUCACGGAUAAUUUCUUCGACAUGGGCGGGCAUUCACUCAUGGCUACGAAGCUCGCAGCCCGACUAAGCCGUCGACUAGAUACCCGGGUUACCGUCAAGGAGGUGUUCGACAAACCCGUCCUGGCUGACCUCGCUGCUUCGAUCGAACAGGGCUCGACUCCUCAUCUGCCCAUUGCCUCAUCGGUGUAUUCCGGACCGGUGGAGCAGUCGUACGCCCAAGGUCGCUUGUGGUUCUUGGCUCAGUUCAACCUCAACUCGACGUGGUACCACAUGUCGCUGGCGAUGAGGCUGCUCGGGCCGCUCAAUAUGGACGCGCUGGACGUGGCCUUGCGGGCGCUGGAGCAGCGACACGAGACGCUCCGCACAACCUUUGAGGCUCAAGACGACAUCGGCGUCCAGGUCGUUCAUGAGGCCGGAACGAAGAGGCUCCAGGUCCUUGAUCUAUCAGACAAGAACGAGAAGGAGCACAUGGCUGCGCUGGAGAAAGAACAGAUGAGGCCGUUCAGUCUUGCUUCAGAGCCAGGUUGGAGGGUUAUCCUGCUCCGCCUUGGCCCAACGGAGUAUAUCCUCUCCCUCGUCAUGCAUCACAUCAUCUCGGACGGCUGGUCCGUUGACAUCCUGAGACAGGAGCUCGGCCAAUUCUAUUCAGCCGCUUUACGUGGCAGGGAUCCAUUAUCUCAGGUCAAGCCCCUCCCAAUACAAUAUCGUGACUUUGCGGCUUGGCAGAAGGAAGCUGCCCAGGUCGCCGAGCAUGAGAGGCAGCUCGCGUACUGGGAGAGUCAGUUAGCUGACAGUACUCCCGGUGAGCUUCUGACCGACUUUCCCCGCCCACAGGUCCUGAGUGGGAAGGCUGGUGUCAUCCCCGUCACCAUUGAGGGGCCGGUCUACGAGAGGCUCCUGAAGUUCUCCAAGGAGCGCCAGGUAACUCUGUUCUCGGUCCUAUUAGCAGCGUUCCGGGCCACGCACUAUCGUCUCACUGGUGCAGAGGAUGCUACCAUCGGUACCCCAAUCGCAAAUCGCAACCGGCCAGAACUCGAGCAUAUCAUUGGAUUCUUCGUCAACUCCCAAUGCAUGCGUCUUCUCCUCGAUACCAGCAGCACAUUCGAAUCCCUUGUCCAGCAUGUCCGGUCCGUGGCUACAGAUGCCUAUUCGAAUCAGGAUAUCCCCUUUGAACGCAUCGUCUCGGCACUUCUCCCCGGCUCGAGAGAUGCCUCACGAAGCCCACUAAUCCAGCUCAUGUUUGCCUUGCACUCACAGCCAGAUCUCGGGAACAUUACCCUCGAAGGACUCGAGCAUGAGCGCCUGCCAACAAGCGUCGCAACACGGUUCGACAUGGAGUUCCACCUGUUCCAAGAGCCUAACAAGCUGAGCGGUUCAAUACUCUUUGCCGAUGAGCUCUUCCAGCCUGAAACAAUCAACAGCGUCGUUACUGUGUUCCAGGAGAUACUCCGACGCGGCCUCGACCAACCCCAAGUCUCCAUUUCUACCAUGCCCCUGACUGAUGGGCUGAUUGAUCUCGAGAAACUGGGCUUGCUGGAGAUCGAGAGCACCAACUUCCCUCGCGACUGCUCGGUUGUCGACGUCUUCCGACAGCAGGUGGCUGUCAAUCCAGAUGCGCCCGCUGUCGUGGAUUCGGAGGCAUCCAUGAGCUAUACCUCGCUAGAUCAGAAGUCUGACCAGAUUGCUGCCUGGUUACACGCUCAAGGCCUCCGCCCUGAGUCAUUGAUCUGUGUCAUGGCGCCACGAUCUUGCGAAACGAUUGUCUCCUUAUUCGGUAUCUUGAAGGCUGGCUACGCCUACCUGCCUCUGGAUGUGAAUGCCCCUGCAGCUCGAAUCCAAUCGAUCCUAUCCGAGGUUGAAGGAAAAAGACUAGUACUGCUAGGAUCAGGGACAGACAUGCCUCAAAGCGACCGGAUGGAUGUUGAAACCGCCCGAAUUCAGGACAUCCUAACGAACACCAAGGUCGAGAUUUCUGAUCCCAUCGGCAGGCCAUUGGCAGCUAGCCUUGCCUAUGUCAUCUUCACAUCCGGGUCAACUGGCCGUCCCAAGGGCGUGAUGAUCGAGCAUCGCAGCAUUCUGCGCCUUGUCAAGCAGUCCAAUGUUACGUCUCGGCUGCCGCAGGAUCUGCGCAUGGCGCACAUCUCCAACCUGGCCUUUGACGCGUCCAUCUGGGAGAUAUUCACGGCAAUUCUGAAUGGCGGCGCCCUUAUUUGCAUUGACUACUUCACUCUGCUGGAUAGUCAUGCCCUUCGGACGACAUUCGAAAAAGCCAGGGUCAAUGCUACCCUAUUCGCGCCGGCCUUGCUCAAGGAAUGCCUCAAUCACGCACCGACCUUGUUUGAGGGUCUCGAAGUGCUCUAUAUCGGUGGCGACCGACUCGAUGCCACCGACGCAGCCAAGAUACAAGCCCUUGUGAAGGGCACGGUCUACAACGCGUACGGGCCGACAGAGAACACAGUCAUGAGCACCAUCUACAGCCUCACGGAUGAAGAGUCUUAUGCCAACGGUGUGCCAAUCGGAAAUGCUGUGAGCAACUCUGGCGCUUACAUCAUGGACCAAGAGCAGCGCCUCGUUCCUCCCGGUGUUAUGGGAGAGCUCGUUGUGAGCGGCGAUGGCCUCGCCCGAGGCUACACCAACUCGAUCCUCAAUGCUGGUCGUUUCGUUGAUAUUGUCAUCAACGAUCAGAAAGCCCGCGCAUACCGGACCGGAGAUCGCACUCGUUGCCGACCCAAGGAUGGUAGCAUCGAGUUCUUCGGCCGUAUGGAUCAGCAAGUUAAAAUCCGUGGUCAUCGAGUUGAGCCGGCUGAGGUCGAGCAAGCCAUGCUCGGCAACAAGGCUAUCCGUGAUGCAGCAGUUGUUGUUGUUCCGGCGGUGGAUGGCCAGGAAACGGAGAUGAUCGGCUUUGUUUCCAUGGCCAGCGACAGAUCCAGCGAAGAGGAGGAGGAGGCCACCAACCAAGUGCAGGAGUGGGAAGACCACUUCGAAAGCACCGCCUACACUGGCAUUGAGGCCAUCGACCAGGCUACCCUUGGACGUGACUUUACUUCAUGGACCUCGAUGUACAACGGCAACCUGAUUGACAAGACCGAAAUGGAGGAGUGGCUUGACGAUACAAUGCAAUCCCUCCUUGACAAGGAGGACCCAGGUCGUGUGCUUGAGAUCGGAACAGGUACCGGCAUGGUUCUAUUCAAUUUGCCCAAGGACGGUGGCCUCGAGAGCUAUGUCGGUAUAGAGCCUUCACGAUCUGCAGUCUUGUUCGUCGAAAAAGCAGCCCAAGAUUUCCCAGGUCUGCAAGGAAAGACGCAAAUCCUUGUCGGCACAGCCGAGGACAUCAAGCUGGUCAAGGACUUCCACCCUGACGUGGUUGUCAUCAACUCGGUAGCCCAAUAUUUCCCGAGCCGGAACUACCUUGCACAGAUAGCGAGCGAGCUGAUCCACAUGACCAGCGUCAGGACGAUCUUCUUCGGAGAUAUGCGAUCCUGGGCCACCAACAGGGAUUUCCUCGUGUCCCGAGCCCUCUACACGCUAGGUGACAAGGCUACAAAGGAUCAGAUUCGCCGGGAGGUUGCCCGACUGGAGGAGAACGAAGAUGAGUUGCUUGUUGACCCAGCAUUCUUCACCUCUUUGACCAGCCAAUGGCCCAGCAAGGUCAAGCAUGUCGAGAUCUUGCCGAAGCGGAUGAGGACGAGCAAUGAACUGAGCUCGUACCGAUAUGCUGCGGUGCUACACAUCUGCAGGGAUGGGGAGGGUAGGAACAGACAUGACAGACGUGUCCACUCAGUGGAAGAGAACGCCUGGAUCGACUUUGCGUCGUCUGGCAUGGAUCGGCACGCCCUCGUUCAGAUGCUCGAUGAACGCAGAGACGCCAAGGCUGUCGCCAUCGGCAACAUCCCUCACAGCAACACGAUCAACGAGCGACACUUUACGACAUCCCUGGACACCGAGGGAGAAGGCAUUGCCGAAGAUUCACUGGAUGGAUCCGCCUGGCAAUCGGCUACGAAGGCAAUGGCCGCGCGCUGUCCUUGCCUGUCCGUCACUGAACUGGUCGAGAUCGGCCAAGCGGCAGGAUUCAGGGUUGAGGUCAGCUGGGCUCGUCAGCGAUCCCAGCAUGGUGCACUGGACGUCGUCUUUCAUCAUCUUGAAGAUGACAGAGCAGGCCGCGUCUUGAUCAACUUCCCCACAGACUUCGAGCGUCUAUCCCCUAGCACCAGCUUGACCAGUCGGCCGCUGCAGCGCAUCCAGAACCGUCGGUUCGAGUCGCAGAUCCGCGAACAGCUGCAGACGCUGCUGCCACCUUAUAUGGUUCCACCACGGAUUCUAGUGUUGGAGCGGAUGCCUCUCAACGCAAACGGCAAAGUCGACCGUAAGGAAUUGGCAAGGAAGGCGAGGACCCUGCAAACCAUCAAGCCUUCUGCCAUGCGCGUGGCUCCUCGCAACGACAUCGAAGCCAUCUUGUGCGACGAGUUCCAGGCAGUUCUUGGUGUUGCAGUCGGAGUCAUGGAUAACUUUUUCGAGCUGGGCGGACACUCCCUAAUGGCUACGAAACUGGCCGCCCGUCUCAGUCGCCGCUUCGACACCCGCAUCUCUGUCAAGGACAUCUUCAACCAACCAAUCCUUCAAGAUCUCGCGAACGUGGUCCAGACUGGCUCCGUUCCUCAUGAAGCUAUUCCAUCCACGCCCUACUCUGGUCCCGUGGAGCAAUCCUUCUCUCAGGGCCGUCUAUGGUUCUUGGAUCAGCUGAAUCUCAAUGCAUCAUGGUACCACAUGCCGUUAGCGAGUCGCUUGCGAGGCCCGCUUCGGAUCGAGGCGCUGCAGUCAGCCCUGGCAACGAUUGAGGCGCGGCACGAAUCCCUGCGCACCACAUUCGAGGAGCAAGAUGGUGUUCCCGUUCAGAUUGUACACGCUGCGCGCAACAAGCACCUGAGAAUCAUUGACGUGUCGGGCACCGAGGAUGCGUAUCUCCCAGCAUUGAAGCAGGAGCAAGACGCCGCAUUCGACCUGACUGCUGAGCCAGGCUGGCGAGUAGCACUGUUGCGCCUAGGACCGGAUGAUCAUGUCCUGUCCAUCGUCAUGCACCACAUCAUAUCUGACGGAUGGUCGGUUGAUAUCCUACGACAAGAACUUGGGCAUCUCUACUCGAAUGCCUCAUCGCAGCCCGCUCCUCUUCCGAUUCAAUACCGAGACUUCGCCAUCUGGCAGAAGCAGGAGAGUCAGAUCGUUGAGCACCAGAAGCAGCUGAACUACUGGAAGAGACAACUGGUCAACUGCAAGCCGGCUGAGCUCCUAGCGGACUUCACUCGUCCGAAGGCGUUGUCUGGCGAUGCUGAUGUCAUACCGAUAGAGAUUGACGACCAAGUAUAUCAGAACCUCCGCUCGUUUUGUCGCGCUCGGCAGGUCACCAGCUUUGUUGCACUCUUGGCAGCUUUCCGAGCUGCUCACUACCGCCUAACUGGGGCCGAAGAUGCAACCGUCGGCUCUCCAAUCGCCAACAGAAAUCGACCUGAGCUUGAAGGCCUCAUUGGAUGCUUUGUCAACACCCAGUGUCUCCGAAUCCCUGUCAAGAGUGAGGACACAUUUGACACGUUGGUUGAACAGGCACGAGAAGCGGCGACCGAGGCCCAGGACAACCAAGAUGUCCCGUUCGAGAGGAUCGUUUCUUCCAUGGUUGCUAGCUCGCGAGAUACCUCGCGAAAUCCACUCGUCCAGGUCAUGUUUGCUGUGCACUCUCAGCACGACCUUGGUAACAUUCGUCUAGAAGGUGUUGAGGGAGAGCCCGUUUCUAUGGCAGCGUCCACACGCUUUGACGCGGAAAUGCACCUAUUCGAGGACCAAGGGAUGCUCGGCGGCAACGUCGUCUUUUCCAAGGAUCUGUUUGAAUUCGAGACGAUCCGCAGCGUCGUGGCCGUGUUCCAGGAGACCCUGAGGCGUGGCCUAGCCAAUCCUCACGCAAAUCUCGCAACGCUUCCUCUUACCGAUGGAUUGCCCAGUCUUCGAAGCCUGUGUCCUCAGGUCGAUCAGCCUGACUACCCCCGAGAUGCCUCCGUGAUCGACGUUUUCAGAGAGCAGGUAGCAUCGAUGCCCAAGUCUAUCGCCGUUAUCGAUGCUUCUUCGCAGCUCACCUACGCCGAGCUCGAUGAGAGAUCUAGCCAGCUCGCCACGUGGCUACGCCGACAAGAUAUAGUCCCUGAGGAGCUAGUCGGCGUCCUCGCUCCACGGUCUUGUGAAGCAAUCAUCGCUUUCCUCGGCAUCCUCAAGGCGAAUCUCGCUUAUCUGCCACUUGACGUCAACGCACCCGCUGGUCGCAUCGAGACAAUCCUGUCAUCUCUACCAGGAAACAGGCUUAUCUUACUGGGAUCAGAUACUGAGGCGCUCAAGCUUCACGCAAAUGGCGUUCGAUUCACCCGGAUCAGCGACGCCCUCGUCAAGAGCGGCAGCCCCCCUACCGAAGAACUUUCCACGCGGCCGACUGCACAAAGCCUUGCCUAUGUCAUGUUCACAUCAGGCUCAACUGGCGUCCCGAAGGGUGUCAUGGUAGAGCACCGAGGUAUCGCACGUCUCGUGAAAAACAGCAACGUGGUCGCAAAGCAACCGGCAGCUGCUGCCAUCGCUCAUCUUUCGAACCUUGCUUUCGACGCCUCUACCUGGGAGAUCUACGCUCCUCUCCUCAACGGUGGUACAGUCGUCUGCAUUGAUUACUACACCACGGUCGAUAUCAAAGCCCUCGAGGCGGCAUUCAACCACCACCACAUCCGCGGAGCAAUGCUUCCACCGGCACUUCUGAAGCAGUGUUUGGUCUCUGCCCCUACUAUGAUCAGUUCUCUGGAGAUACUUUUCGCCGCCGGCGAUCGGUUGAGCAGUCAAGAUGCCGUCCUGGCGCAACGUGCCGUUGGUUCGGGCCUUUACAACGCUUACGGCCCUACUGAGAACACGGUCCUGAGUACGAUACACAAUAUCGGCGAGAAUGAGGCAUUUGCGAAUGGCGUUCCCAUUGGCAACGCUGUCAGUAACUCCGGUGCAUUUAUCAUGGAUCAAAAUCAGCAGCAAGUCUCCGCCGGGGUGAUGGGAGAGCUUGUUGUGACCGGAGAUGGCCUUGCUCGUGGAUACAUAGAUUCCAAGCUUGAGGUGGAUCGAUUUAUCUACAUUACCCUUGAUGGGAACCAGGUCAGAGCUUACCGCACGGGCGAUCGUGUCAGGUACCGACCUAAAGAUGGACAAAUCGAGUUCUUCGGUCGAAUGGAUCAGCAGAUCAAGAUCCGUGGUCAUCGCAUCGAGCCAGCAGAGGUGGAGCAGGCUCUCGCCCGUGAUCCGGCCAUCAGCGAUUCGGCUGUCAUCACUCAGCUCACGGGUGAAGAGGAGCCGGAGCUGGUGGCUUUCUUCUCAUUGAAGGGGAAUGCCAACGGCACCAACGGUGUCAACGGUGUGAGCGAUCCAGACAAGAUGGACGAUGAGCAACAUGCUCUGCUCAUGGAGAGCAAGAUCCGUCACAACCUACAGGCGCUGCUGCCCACUUACAUGAUCCCCUCGCGGAUCAUCCAUGUCGAUCAGCUACCGGUCAAUGCCAACGGCAAGGUUGACCGCAACGAGCUUGCUGUUCGAGCACAGGCAACGCCAAGGACCAGUUCAGUAUCAACCUACGUGGCCCCUCGCAACGAUGUCGAAACUAUCAUCUGUGAGGAAUUCGCAGAUAUCCUCAGCGUUCGAGUCGGAAUCACAGAUAACUUCUUCGACCUAGGUGGACACUCGCUUAUUGCCACCAAGCUAGCCGCCCGCCUCAGCCGUCGACUAGAUACUCGCGUGUCUGUCAGGGAGGUCUUUGACACUCCCGUGGUGGGUCAAUUAGCGGCUUCUAUCCAGCAAGGCUCGACCCCUCAUGAAGCUAUUCCGGCGUUAUCACACUCGGAACCUGUGCAGCAGUCCUUUGCUCAAGGCCGUCUUUGGUUCCUGGACCGUUUCAACCUCAACGCUGCCUGGUACAUCAUGCCAUUCGGCGUUCGUCUUCGCGGACCUCUGCGAGUCGAUGCACUUCAGACUGCAUUGAGGGCUCUCGAAGAACGGCACGAGUUGCUACGCACCACGUUCGAAGAACAGGAUGGCGUUGACAUCUCUGGCGCAGAUGAUGAUCUUGCGAAGCUGAAGGAGGAGCAGCAAGUUCCUUUCAAUCUCUCUACUGACGUCGCUUGGAGGGUAGCACUCUUCAAGGCUGGAGAUAACCACCACAUCUUGUCCAUCGUCAUGCAUCACAUAAUCUCAGAUGGCUGGUCAGUUGACAUCUUCCAGCAGGAGCUUGCCCAAUUCUACUCGGCAGCUGUGCGAGGGCAUGACCCCCUUUCCCAGGUCAACCCGCUCCCCAUUCGCUACCGCGAUUUUGCUGUCUGGCAGAGACAAGAUAAGCAAGUUGCCGUUCACGAAAGCCAACUUCAGUACUGGACAGAGCAGCUCGCGGAUAGCACGCCAGCCGAGAUCCUAACUGACUUCAACCGGCCGAAGGUCUUGUCCGGCGAAGCUGGCACAGUCCCCAUCGUGAUCGAGGACGAGGUUUACGAGAAGCUCUCCCUCUUCUGCCGCAAUCAUCACGUCACCAGCUUCGUCGUACUUCUGGCUGCUUUCCGUGUUGCCCAUUAUCGCCUAACUGGGGCAGAGGAUGCGACCAUCGGCACGCCAAUCGCGAACCGCAACCGCCCCGAGCUUGAGGACUUGAUCGGUUUCUUUGUUAAUACACAAUGCAUGAGAAUCGCUCUCGAAGAGCACGACAACUUCCUGUCAGUGGUGCAAAGAGUUCGCUCAACAGCAGCCAGCGCCUUCGAAAACCAGGAUGUGCCAUUCGAGCGCCUUGUAUCUGCACUUCUGCCCGGCUCCAGAGAUGCCUCCCGGAAUCCCCUCGUUCAACUCAUGUUUGUCGUCCACUCCCAGCGAAAUCUCGGUAAACUGCAGCUGGAGGGCUUGGAAGGCGAACCAACCCCGAUCACCACGACGACCCGCUUCGAUGUUGAGUUCCACCUCUUCGAACAAGACAAGGGCCUCGCCGGAAAUGUCAUCUUCGCAGCAGACUUGUUCGAGGCUGCCACUAUCCGCAGCGUUGUUGACGUCUUCCACGAGAUCCUCCGUCGUGGUCUCGACCAGCCAGACAUCGCAAUUUCCACCAUGCCACUUGUCGAUGGCCUGGCGGCGCUCAACAGCCGUGACUUGCCCGCAGCUGAGGACAUCGAACCUGACUUCGCCGCCGAGGCCUCGGUGGUUGAUAUCUUCCAGGCACAAGUGGUCGCUAACCCAGAUGCCCUGGCUGUGACCGACACAUCCACAAAGCUGACCUAUGCGGAGCUGGAUCAACAAUCCGACCAUGUCGCGGCUUGGCUGUCCAAACAGAAGCUACCAGCAGAGAGCAUGGUUGUUGUUCUUGCGCCACGAUCCUCCGAGACCAUCGUAGCGUGCAUUGGCAUCCUCAAAGCGAACCUCGCAUAUCUCCCCAUGGAUUUCAACGUCCCCGAAGCCCGCCGCCAAGCAACCCUUUCGGAGAUUUCAGGGGAGAAGUUCGUCUUGCUUGGAGCAGGAGUGCCUAUUCCUGAUAACAAGACAGCUGAUGUCAGGAUGGUCCUCAUCAGCGAUAUCAUCGCCACCAAGACGGACAAGUCCUACUUACCCAGCACUCGGCCAUCUACAUCAAGCCUUGCCUAUGUCAUCUUCACAUCAGGCUCGACAGGCCGACCAAAGGGUGUCAUGGUCGAGCAUCGGGGUGUUCUUUCUUUGGUGAAGCAGAACGCUUCAAGAAUACCACAGAGUCUGCGGAUGGCACAUGUUUCCAAUCUCGCCUUCGAUGCUUCCGUGUGGGAGAUAUUCACCACGCUGCUGAAUGGAGGAACGCUUUUCUGCAUCAGCUACUUUACUGUCCUGGACAGCAAAGCACUUUGUGACGCCUUCACCGAUCAUCGCAUCAACAUGGCCCUACUCCCACCGGCCUUGCUCAAGCAAUGUCUUGCAGACGCGCCAUCUGUCCUGAGUUCCCUCGAGGCUCUAUACAUUGGAGGCGACCGCCUUGAUGGAGCUGAUGCAGCCAAGGUCAAGGACCUCGUCAAAGGCAAGGCCUACAAUGCCUACGGUCCCACCGAGAAUUCCGUCAUGAGCACGAUCUAUACCAUCGAGCACGAGACUUUUGCGAAUGGCGUCCCCAUCGGCACAUCUCUAGGCCCCAAGUGCAGAGCCUACAUCAUGGACCAGGAUCAGCAGCUCGUACCAGCAGGUGUAAUGGGAGAGCUUGUCGUUGCCGGCGAUGGUCUCGCACGGGGGUAUACCGAUCCAUCACUGAACACUGGCCGGUUCAUCCACAUCACGAUCGAUGGCAGACAAGUUCGGGCAUACCGGACCGGCGAUCGAGUCAGAUACCGGCCCAGGGACUACCAAAUCGAGUUCUUUGGCCGUUUAGACCAGCAGAUCAAGAUCCGCGGUCAUCGCAUCGAGCCAGCUGAAGUGGAGCAGGCUCUUCUCAGCGACUCAUCGAUCAACGAUGCCGUUGUUGUGUCGGCGCAAAACAAGGAGGGACUCGAAAUGGUUGGCUACAUCACGGCCCAGGCUGCACAAUCCGUCGACAAGGAGGAAGCCAACAACAAGGUGCAGGAGUGGGAGGCUCAUUUCGACUCGACUGCAUAUGCCAACAUUGGGGCUAUUGAUCGCGAUGCCCUCGGACAGGACUUCUUAUCCUGGACAUCCAUGUACGACGGCUCAUUGAUUCCCCGGGAAGAGAUGCAGGAAUGGCUCAGCGACACUAUGCACUCACUCCUCGACAACCAGCCACCCGGAAGAGUGCUCGAGAUCGGAACUGGUACCGGUAUGGUGCUUUUCAAUCUCGGCAGGGUUGAGGGACUACAGAGCUAUGCCGGUCUUGAGCCCUCGCGCUCCGUCACUGCCUGGGUUAACAAGGCAAUCGAAACUUUCCCAAGCCUGGCAGGAAGCGCCCGAGUCCACGUUGGAACCGCUGAGGAUGUCAGCUCCAUCAAUGGACUGCGUGCCGAUCUCGUUGUGAUCAACUCGGUCGCCCAAUACUUCCCAAGUCGAGAAUAUCUCGCUGAGCUGACGGCCAACUUGAUUCGGCUGCCCGGCGUCAAGCGUAUUUUCUUCGGCGACAUGAGAACCUAUGCCACCAAUAAGGACUUCUUGGUGGCACGAGCAGUCCAUACCCUAGGGUCCAAUGCAUCUAAGGCCAUGGUUCGACAACAAGUGGCCAAGCUUGAAGAUGACGAGGAAGAGUUGCUUGUUGACCCUGCCUUUUUCACCAGCCUGAACGACCAGUUCCCUGACGAAAUCAAGCACGUCGAGAUUCUGCCAAAGAGGAUGGCCGCGACCAACGAACUCAGCUCUUACCGAUAUGCUGCUGUCAUUCAUGUGGGAGGCCACGAGAUGCUGAAUGGGGAGGAUGAGGAUAAGCAAUGGGCUGUCAAGGAUAUCGAUCCGAAGGCCUGGGUGGACUUCGCCGGCACGAGGAUGGACCGUCAGGCUCUCUUGCAGCUCCUCCAGGACCGCCAACGUGGCGAUGACGUUGUUGCCGUCAGUAACAUCCCAUACAGCAAGACCAUCAUGGAGCGCCAUCUGUCUCAGUCACUUGACGAUGACGAGGACGGCACUUCAGAUGCAGACGGAACGGCCUGGAUAUCGGCAACUCAAUUACGGGCGAAGGAAUGCCCUGCUCUCUCUGUGGCCGACCUGAUUGAGAUUGGUAAGGGGAUCGGCUUCCAAGUUGAGACCAGCUGGGCUCGACAACACUCCCAGCGCGGCGGACUCGAUGCUGUUUUCCACCGAUUCGAAAAACCAAGACACUCGGGUCAUGUCAUCUUCAGGUUCCCAACUGAACACAAGGGCCGGUCUCCGAGCAGUCUCACGAAUCGCCCGCUACACCUGGUUCAGAGCCGUCGGCUGGAGGCAAAGGUCCGCGAGCGGCUGCAAUCGCUACUUCCAUCGUACAUGAUUCCCUCUCGGAUCAUGUUGCUCGAUCAGAUGCCUCUCACGUCCAACGGCAAGGUGGAUCGCAAGAAGCUCGCUCGACAAGCCCGGGUCAUCCCAACAAUUGCCGCAAGCACGUUGGACUUUGUGGCGCCACGCACGGAAAUCGAGGUCGUCCUCUGCGAAGAAUUUACCGAUCUACUAGGCGUCAAGGUCGGUAUUACAGACAACUUCUUCGAGUUGGGCGGCCAUUCGCUGCUGGCCACGAAACUGAGCGCACGUCUAAGUCGCAGACUGGACGCCGGUGUCACUGUGAAGCAGGUCUUUGACCAGCCAGUACUUGCUGAUCUUGCUGCUUCUAUUCGUCAAGGCUCGUCCCGUCACAGGCCUAUCCCGUCUUUACCCUACGAAGGGCCCGUGGAGCAGUCCUUUGCUCAGGGGCGCCUGUGGUUCCUCGACCAGUUCAACAUCGAUGCCUUGUGGUAUCUUAUGCCACUUGCACUUCGCAUCCGCGGGCCGCUGCAAGUUGACGCCCUCGCUGCUGCCCUGGUGGCGCUUGAAGAGCGUCAUGAAUCUCUGCGCACAACGUUUGAGGAACGAGACGGAGUCGGCAUCCAAGUGGUGCAACCCCUCCGCGUGACCAAGGAUAUCCGGAUCAUCGACGUGUCCGGCAUGCGGGACAACGACGCCUACCUCGAGCCAUUGCAGAAGGAACAGCAGACUCCUUUCGACCUUGCUUCAGAGCCUGGCUGGAGGGUAGCGCUGCUGAAACUUGGAAAGGAUGACCACAUCCUCUCUAUUGUCAUGCACCACAUCAUCUCCGACGGGUGGUCUACUGAAGUCUUGCAAAAGGAACUCAGUCAAUUCUACUCAGCAGCGAAAUCCGGGAAAGCCCCCUUAUCGCAGGUUGCCCCGCUUCCUAUCCAGUAUCGCGAUUUUGCUGUCUGGCAGAGACAAGAGGAACAGGUCGCCGAGAGUCAAAGGCAGCUCGACUACUGGAAGAAGCAGCUUGCGGACAGCAGCCCGGCCGAGCUCUUGGCCGACUACACCAGGCCGAACGUACUGUCUGGAGAGGCAGGCAGCGUGUCCUUCGUCAUCAACGAUUCAGUUUACAAGAACCUCCUCUCCUUCUGCCGGUCUCGCCAAGUAACAACCUUUGCGACUCUACUGGCAGCGUUCCGCGCCGCUCACUAUCGAAUGACCGGGUCAGACGACGCAACCAUCGGCACGCCAAUUGCCAAUCGCAACAGGCCUGAGCUUGAAAACUUGAUCGGCUGCUUCGUCAAUACCCAGUGCAUGCGCAUCACCAUCGGCGACGAUGAGACAUUUGAAUCACUGGUACAGCAGGUACGGUCUACCACCGCGACAGCCUUCGAGAAUCAAGACGUUCCGUUUGAACGAAUCGUUUCCGCCCUCAGCGCCGGGUCCAGGGAUACGUCCCGAAACCCCCUGGUACAGCUGCUCUUUGCGGUUCAUUCUCAACAAGGCCUAGGCAGGAUCCAGCUCGACGGCGUAGUCGAUGAGCCGGUUCCGUCGACCGCUUCGACUCGGUUCGAUCUCGAAUUCCACGCCUUCCAAGGGGCCGACCGGCUCAAUGGAAGCGUCAUGUUUGCCACGGACCUGUUCCAGCCCGAGACCAUCCAAGGCUUCGUUGCGGUUGUCGAAGAGGUCCUACAGCGUGGCCUGGAACAGCCACAGAGCCCCAUCGCAACCAUGCCGCUGGCCGAAGGCAUCGCCCAGCUCCGAGAUGCCGGCGCGCUGCAGACGCCAAAGUCCGAUUACCCUCGCAACGCGUCACUCGUCGAUGUCUUCCAGCAGCAGGCUGCUGCCAGCUCGUCAGCUGUCGCCGUCACUGACUCGACCUCCAAGCUGACGUAUGCCGAGCUGGAUCGACUCUCCGACCAAGCUGCUUCCUAUCUGCGUCGGCAGCAACUCCCGGCGGAGACGAUGGUGGCCGUUCUCGCACCACGCUCGUGCGAGACCAUCAUCGCGUUCCUGGCUAUUCUAAAAGCAAACCUUGCCUACAUGCCUCUCGACGUCAACACGCCUUCUGCUCGCAUGGAAGCCAUCCUAUCGUCCGUCCCAGGGCGUAGUAGGCUCAUCUUGGUCGGCUCGGGUGUCCGCCAUGCUGAUGUCAAAGUACCCAACGCAAAGACGAUGCUGAUCAGCGACGUGGUUACCGGAACUGAUGCUAUUGGCACUCCCGAACCUCCGGUUGUCCGACCCGGUGCCACAAGUCUCGCAUAUGUCAUCUUCACCUCAGGGUCAACGGGCAAGCCAAAGGGUGUCAAGGUGGAGCACCGUGCCAUCAUGCGCCUUGUGAAGGGCAGCAACGUCGUGGCUCACAUGCCACCGGCGACACGGAUGGCCCACCUCACGAACAUCGCAUUCGACGUUUCACUGUUCGAGAUGUGCGCAACGCUCCUCAACGGCGGAACUCUAGUCUGCAUUGACUACCUGACCCUUCUUGACAUGACCAUGCUCCGCGAGACCUUUGAGCGUGAGCAGGUUCGCGCAGCCAUCUUCCCGCCAGCACUCCUGCAACAGUGCUUGAUCAACAUGCCCGAUGCGAUCGGCAUGUUGGAGGCUGUUUACGUUGCCGGUGAUCGCUUCCACUCCCGCGACGCCCACGCAACCCAAGCGCUGGCCGGGCCUCGUGUGUACAACGCGUAUGGCCCAACUGAGAACGCAAUCCUUAGCACGAUAUAUAACAUCGAUAAGCACGACCCGUAUGUAAACGGUGUUCCUAUCGGUAGCGCUGUCAGCAAUUCAGGGGCCUACGUCAUGGAUCGCAAUCAGCAGCUUCUCCCUCCCGGUGUGAUGGGGGAGCUGGUUGUUACAGGAGAGGGUAUAGCUCGCGGCUAUACCGACUCAAGUCUCGAUACGGACCGCUUCGUCACCGUCACCAUCGAUGGCCAGCGCCAGAGAGCGUACCGCACGGGUGACCGGGUGCGAUAUCGACCAAAGGGAUUCCAGAUCGAGUUCUUCGGCCGCCUGGACCAGCAGGCCAAGAUUCGCGGCCACCGUGUUGAACUGGGCGAGGUCGAACAUGCUCUGCUCAGCCAGAAGUCAGUCACUGAUGCAGCUGUCGUGCUCCGCACCAUGGAAGAGCAAGACCCGCAGCUGGUUGCCUUUGUGACUACUGAUCACAAAUAUCGCUCGGGUUCGAGCAACGAAGAGGAGGAGGAUCCGUACGCCACACAAGCAGCAAGCGAUAUGCGCAAGCGACUCCAGUCGCUUCUGCCAUACUACAUGGUCCCGUCCCGGGUCACGAUACUCAGGCAAAUGCCCCUCAACGUCAACGGCAAGGUUGACCGAAAAGACCUCGCUCGGCGGGCCCAGAUUACUCCGGCAGCAAGCAGCUCGGGCCCCGUGCAUGUGGCUCCUCGCAACGAGACCGAGGCAGCAAUCUGCGACGAGUUCGAGACCAUACUCGGAACCAAGGUGGGAAUCACGGACAACUUCUUCGAACUGGGCGGGCACUCACUCAUGGCCACCAAACUCGCUGCUCGGCUCAGCCGCCGGAUGGGCCUUCGCAUAUCCGUCAAGGAUCUGUUUGAUGAUCCUGUUCCUGUUUCUCUCGCCGGCAAGCUGGAACAGCAGCAGAGGUUCUCGGAAGAAGAUGAUGAAAGCUCGGCAGUUGGCAUUGUCCCCUUCCAACUCCUCCCCACGGAAAUGUCGAGAGACAUCAUCCAGCGUGAUGUUGUACCUCAGAUUGAGAACGGUCACAGCACACCCCUGGACAUGUAUCCAGCCACGCAGACGCAGAUCUUCUUCCUGCAUGACAAAGCAACGGGACACCCACCCACGCCGCCACUGUUCUCCUUGGACUUCCCCGAGAACGCCGACUGCCGUCGUCUGGCAAGCGCCUGCGCCGCUCUCGUCCAACACUUUGACAUAUUCAGAACCGUGUUCGUGUCAAGAGGCGGCCGCUUCUACCAAGUUGUUCUUGCUCAUCUCGAUGUACCUGUCGAGGUCAUUGAGACCGAGCAAGAGUUGGACGAGGCUGCCCUCGCGCUGCAUGAAGCAGACAAGCAGCAGCCCCUGCGUCUGGGACUUGCGAUGCUGCGGAUCGCCAUCCUCAAGAGACCGGGAGCCAAGGUGCGACUUGUUCUCCGAAUGUCCCAUGCCCUGUACGACGGCCUGAGUCUUGAACACAUCGUCAACGCUCUGCAUGCCUUGUACAGCGGUAAGCACCUUGCGCAAGCGCCCAAGUUUGGUCUCUACAUGCAGCACAUGGCUAGCCGACGUGCGGAGGGCUACAAUUUCUGGCGAUCAAUUCUUCAGGGCUCUUCAAUGACAUCGCUUAAGCGCUCUGCCGGCGCCCUCGAGGCCAUGACGCCGUCCGCCGCCGGUACAUGGCAGACGUCAAAGUCCAUCAGGAUCCCUCCUUCGGCACUCAAGAACGGCAUUACGCAGGCGACCCUCUUCACCACCGCCGUCUCUCUCCUUCUCGCCAAGCAUACCAAGUCGAGGGACGUCGUCUUCGGCCGCGUCGUAUCUGGACGACAGGAUCUAUCCGCAAACUGUCAAGACAUGGUGGGACCUUGCAUCAACGAGGUGCCAGUGCGCGUCCGGAUCGACGAGGGCGACGGCAUGGAUGGUCUGCUGCGCGCCAUUCAGGACCAGUACACCAGCAGCUUCCGGCACGAGACUCUGGGCUUCCAAGAAGUGAAGGAGAACUGCACGGAUUGGCCUGAUGCGACCAACGAGUUCGGCUGCUGCAUUGCCUUCCAGAACCUCAACCUGCAUCCCGAGGCCGAGGUUGAAGGGCAGCAGAUUCGCCUGGAGGGUUUGCCAGCAAAGCCAGCACAGGAUCAAGCACGCCAGGCCAAUGGUCAUGGCACGAACGGCACGAACGGCAAGAAUGGCAAGAAUGGCACUAUUGAUACCCAUGCCAACGGUACCAAUGGCAGCAACGGCGUCAAUAGUCUCGACAGCAACGUGGUUUCAGCCGCUGGCGAUCAACCUCCUGUUCACGAUCUGGACAUUGUUGGCAUGCCGGAGCCCAACGGCAGCGUCAUGAUUGGCAUUGGUGCGAGCCGGCAGAUCUUUGGAGACAAGGUCGUGGGCAGAAUGCUCAAUGACCUUUGCGAGACAAUGCUCGCUUUGAGCAGAACAUAG